ACUUUGACAAAUUCCUGGAUGUGAGCGGGUCUGCUGGAUGGAGUCUUGGUUCGUAAGGAUGAAAUCUUGAACAUCUGAGAAGUUAAAGAAAUAGCUCUGUUACAUAUUUUUUUCUCUUGAACUGAUUGACUCUCAGUUUGGAAGGACACGAUGGGACUGUGGUCAGUUUGGACUUUUUCUCUUCUGGCUCUGCUGCACCUCUUGUACCCUAAGUUUGUGGCUCACGCGGAAAUAAGUUCUGCUAAAACUAACGAUGAAUUUCAUCACAUGGAGAUAACGCCGACGGAGGCACGUGUAACCCGAAAAUCUAAGGUAUUACACGAAAUCCACAAUGGCACAAAAGUUUUCGGGGCUUUCGAGACGGGGGCAGCCGGGAUUUUGAAACCGAACAAUGGCAAUCGAGUGGGAAAAGAGAGUGGACGAGGAGAGGAGGUGCCGAUCGGCAUCAAAGCGGCAUCAAACUCUGACCAACAUCUAAAAACAGCAGGUAAAAAGUAUGGGAACAAGUCAAACCACAAAGAAAAGCUACCAGUGGCGAGUAUGAUGCAAGAAGAUAACAUUUUUGAUACGCGAAAAAGGGCGAAAAGGAGCGUGGGUACAGGCGAGAAUGUGGAUAGGAGUAACAGUGGAGAGGCGCAGCCAAAAGAGUGGUUUUUGGAGACUGUUCAGGGUGUUUCCAACCCGAGAGCCGAGUACAGGCGCUCAGGGGAGGAAGCCAGAGGGUCUAACCCGAGACCGGGUGAGCCGCACCUGGACACUUCUACUUUUGCGCUGUCGGGAGACUCUGCGCACAACCAGGCGAUGGUACACUGGUCCGGACACAACAGCAGCGUAAGUUUCAGUCUGUCACAAACACUCUAACAUUUCAUGAAGCUUUCAGUCAACAUGACAUUAUUCGUAACACAGGUAACAAUUAAUUUUGCAUGUGUUUAAUGCUAAUUUUAGACAUCUUAAUGGAGAUGGCGUAAACGUGUCACAUCUUUACGCACGGCUGUUACCGCGCGCAGGAGGGGAAUCCAGUCCUUAAACUAUACAUUUACAUCUAUCAUCGCUUAAAUUCAAAAACGCAUCCUCUCCCUCUUCAUAAAGCAUUAUGCUUUGCUUUACUGCCUUAGUGGAAGUUGUAGUUGUACGCGGACUGAGCGGCUCUUUGUGUGUGUGUGUGUGUGUGUGGACGCCUGACGGAUGUGACUGCGCACUUGCAGGAUUCCCUCUCUGUCCUUUCAAACCAGAGCAGAAUCAUUAAUUUCGACAAAGUGUUUGUCGCUUGAACUUUAAAUUAACAGUUAACCCCGCAGGUAAAAUUAAAUGACACUGAGAUAUGGGAGGGUGCAGGCGUCUUGGCAGCAAUCAAAACACAUUAAAUAUUUAUGAAAUCAUCAAGUAAUGUCUCUCAGGAAGAAGCAGUAGCUACAAUUAAAGGGAUGGUGUCCACCCUGACCCUUUCUGUGACGCUGAUGAGUCUCACUCUGACCUUUUGGCAAAUGACCAAGCCUGUUUCUUUGACAUUUGACUCCCACUUUGUUGGUAGUUGUCUAAUUACCUGGCGGACAACAACAGCACAAUAUGUUUGUGUUUUUGAAAUGCUGCCAAGCUUUGCACUUCAAAACAGGUUGAUGAGAAUGUGCACAACUUCAAUGGAUGACAACACACUGCAGCAACCACCCAGAGCACCACCCACCCCCAUACACAAACACAGGCAUACACAAACAACACAACUGCACACUCCUCACUGAGACCAAGGCAGGGAGAUUUUAUCUCUUACUUUACAUGUUCAGCAUGCAAGUGUUUGCAAGCUCCUGAAUUUAUCUGGCAGUAAGAUCUGGAAACUACAAACAGCCUUGUAAAAAACAAGAAAAGAGACACUGUGACUUUUUACUUCAGGUGAUUCAGAUCACCACAAAAAGUGUCUGGCAGCCGCAUUAAUCUCAGACCACAUCAGGAGUUUCUGUGUCCCCAAAUCACUAAAAAUAUUCCUACAUUAUCUAAAAAUGCAAAUCCAGCUCCCUGAAUGGAUUACAUGAUUCAGAUUCUACUCGCAUUUUCAGUUCUGCUGUUCUUUUUUUGUUUGAUUUGAAUGUCAGACUUUUGUCAUGUUGAUGCACCGCUGUGGACAGACAUAAACCAGAAAAUGCACCUGAUGAAAACUGAUUUGUGAGAUGUUGCGAUCGUGAAAUAUGUUGUUGCUUUGAGAUGUCUUCAGCUGAGAUGGCCUUUUGUCCUGCAGCAAACUGUUCACUGGAUCAUCACUGAUGGGCUUGUCACUGCAGCCAGUCAACAUUUGAGAUUUAUACAGUCUGAACCCCUGUCUGUCUCCCCCCAAAAAGUACGACACGGAGCUGCAGAGUUUUAAAUUGAUGGCAUUUUAUGACUGGGUGUUAGAGCUGCGGCUAUAUUAGAUGUAAAUGACUGAUAAUAAAUCCAAUCUAAAAGGGACAUUUGAAGGAAAAUUACUCCAUUCCUGUGGUGUAGGGUACUUCUAUCAAAUAUUCUCCCUCAGACUUUGCCUGUGAUCUGACCGUGAUGUAAAAUCCCAUAGGGUGGAAAAAAUGAGAAAGAUGUAGAAGGUGAUGGUGGAAGUGCCAGCAGGGGAUCCUCAGAGUUCAGAUGUGAUAAAAGAAUUUCAUCGAAUAAAAACCCCAAAUCUGUCCCCGAAUCAGACUCCAAACUAUUAUUUGAUUUCUGCGAUUGUCUGAGACAUCAAAGCCUGGAGUCAUAGCUCUCUGGUCUCUGACUUUAAGAAAGAUAACAUUGAUUGGACUCGACCAGGGGAAUAAAACAUAUACUGCACGGAUUCCCUUUUAAAGCCAUGCUUCUUGAGUGCGUGUUGUAUUGAUUGAAUGAUCUUAAAUCAGCCUUGAGUGUGAGCGCAGCAGAUGUACAGUUUUAUAGUUUCAAAUGAUGUAUGCUGUAAAUACAAGCAAAUAAUGAUGUUAAACUAAUUAAAAACACUAAUAAACACACUUGGCUGGGGAUGUCCUGUUAGGCAAAUCAAUGCAUCAGUCCUUCGCCUCUCUUGGGUUUUUCUCGACGUGUUAUGACUAUGUUGGUAAUCUUUUUUAACAGCCAUUGCAGCACAUCCUACACCCGGGGGGAUACAGAGCCCCUCGCUCACAUCUCCCUGAAGGCAGAAGUCUUAGUGUGCAAGCCAGCUGGUGAUCAGGGAGGUAUUGGCAGCCAAAUGGUUUCAAGCUCCUGAUUGACCACUUUUUGCAAGCUGACCAAACUAGGACACAGUGUUGGAGGCGAGGACAGUUAAUGAGGGUCUUUAUUGACUUCCCCUGAGCUGGAAUGAUACUGUAUGUUGGUGUAAAUACAGUCCAGGAGGAUAAGGGUCUGGUCAGUUUCACUGGCCGGCCAUUAGACUUUGAUGAGGCCAGCUGUUCUUUUGGCCUGUGCUGUAAUUCUCAUGCAGUCCCUUUUUUUUUCAAGACAAAAAACAAGGUUUUAUCUGAUAUGUUGAAUUUCUAACCUAUCUGUCAGCUCUGCAACAUUGUCUUUUUCCACCGCGGCUGACUGGGAAUCAGACAGGCCUCCCGGGUGGCGUUGUCCGCAUGCUUAAUCAGAAGGAGGCAGUUAUUGUUGCACAUAAUCUCAUCGGUAUAAACAGACAAUAAAAAAGAGGAAAUGGCACCGCCCUGGGGGACAUUUGAGUUUAAAACCGGUUCAUUAGAUAGACAGCCAUUCCAUUUAACAUGCCAGAGCCGGUUGCAUAGAAGCUCCUUGAUCCAUAAAAUCAAAUGGAAUGGGUUCCCAAUCCACAGAGGUGUUUGACCAGAGUUUGUGGGUGUUACAAGAUGAUGAAAAGUGCAUUAAAAAGCGAGCGGGGCUGAGUUCUUCACAUGCAACAAAGGGGGAAAGUUUCAGUGCGGUUUUGUUUUUCUGAUCAUUUCCCACAUUUCUCUUUCAGAUUCUACACACACUCUGCUGCUUUGCCCCGGCUUUUGCGCUGUUAUAAUUCUAGGGUAAAAUCCUGUUUUAUGCAAAAAGGCGCAAGUCAGUCAACGAGGGGUUGAUGUGUGACCUUGUGAAAGCUUUUACUUUUUUUUCCCUCUUUGUCAUCCUUGAGACCCCUGUUUGAUAAGUGAGAGGUUUCUGAUCUAUACGACGUAUGAUGGAAAACAAAAGUGGUUCAUCUUUUAGUUUUGAGCCUGCAACAGCCUUUGAAUUCUGAUAUUUUACAGUUCUUCAGCGUUCAGGAAAGUGUUUUUUUCAUGUUUUUAUCCACAUGAUUCUGAAUAGAAAGUCAGUUUCUGUUUUAUGGCUUCAUUAGGGUUUUGAAUUUGAUGCUACUGAAGAAGAAAACAGAAAUAUUAAGGUAAAAUUCUCUCGUCCUUCAACUGCUCAUCCCAAAGGGUGUCAGCACUAUAAGUCUAUUCAUUAAUCCCACCUGUCUAAAGCCUUUAGGGCCGCUCUGUCCGCUGAUGUGAUUGUUAGAUGCUGAUAGAAACCGCAGCAAUCCUCCUCCGUGCUUCGUAAGAGGUAGCCUGCCGGUUACUACAGCAAAAACAAUCGCUCAAGAGCUUGGAUGGGCAAACUUGAAACAUCUGCUGAGAAAAUGCAGCUUUUCCUUUUCCUCUUUUCCUUUUUUCAUCCUUGGUUUCAUUUCACAGCGCACAGGAUACAAGUUUCACCCACACUGUAGCAAUAAUUCAGUGAAAUCCCACUUUUUACUCCUUAGAAGACAUGCAUGUGUGCCCUUUGAUUCAUGAAUCAUUUGUGCUCGGGGACCAUAAUGCAUCACAUCAACAUAGAGACUCUCAGCACUUCCUCAGCAGUUACUCUGUAGUUUUGCCUCCCAAAGUGCAUUUUGAGCGGCAAAUAGAAGCCUGCCACGAGUUGUUUGCUCAAGUCGCCGCUUGAUUCCUGUCUGCCUCCCGUCACACUCUCCCCCUGUUUCACACACACAUACUCCUACUUAUAUUUCAAUUUUAAUCAAAGGGAGAAAGCAAGCGCACAAUCAUUUUGACAGGUUUGCAUGUGAUUAAUUAGUUUAAUAACUGUCGCAGGGUGGGAGACACAUACUAUAGCUGUGAUGAGGUUAUGAAAACAAAUUUAUGCGUUUUCUGAUUAGCAGAAUCAUAAAAUUAAAAUUCAGAUUGAAGGACGACUUCUUUAUUAAUCAUCGCCGAGGCAGUCAACACUAACUGUGACACUUAAAGAAGUUUUUUGUGCUUAAAGGUCAUGGCGGAUUUUUGGUUGAUCUUCUUUAUUGGCUUGCUACUGCGAUGAUUGCGUGCUGUUUAAAAUGUAUCAUCUCCUCAGGACACUUUUAAUUUUCAUGUGUUUUAUAUUUCUUAUUAUGUUGUUCUUGUAAGGUUAUGCUGCAUAUGUAAUUCUCAUGGGUGUUGUCGCACUUGGUUGAAAUAGCUUCUUGAAUCUACACUGCUACUACCAGGUAAGGUAGCUGAAGCUCGGUAACAUUAUGCGUCGAGCGUGGUCGGGCCUUGAAGCAGUGCAUCGCCUUAAGCAACACAGCAGCUACUAUCAUGUUUAAAGAUGACUGGGCUCGCUCAAGUGGCAGUAGGCUUAAAUAACGGCUUGACUUGACAGCUUACAGUGACGGGGUUUCAUUGGUUGCAGCAGGAAAUGUUUUUUUUUUUCUCGAUCUGGUGAGAUAUUAAAGCUUGAAACUGAAGCACCACACUCACAAACAAUACACACAGAGUGAGCAAUCAAUGGAGUUGAUGGAAAACUUCCAAACCCAUAAUGGCACAAACGGACUGUUCACUCAAUGGGUAUCCUGGAACAAAUCCUUAAAUGACUAAAAUAACCUUUUUUUCCCCCAUUUUUAAGAAAAAACUUUUGACAGAAUCAGAGGAUAUACAAGUAGAAACUAUAAUAUGAUCAAAAUGUGGACAAAAACUCCCUCAAAGACAGAAUCUGCUCAUCAUUUACAUAAAUUAAUGAUCAUAAAAGAGGAGACAAAUUGAAAUAAAUGAGAAAGUCGUCUAAUUAUAUAAGCAGCCAUGCAUUGAAAUAACAUCAAAUUGUCUUUUACUCUUACUCCUCUGACCAUUUCAAGCAUCCUCUAAAGCUGACGCCUGUAGCCUGUAAUCUUGAUUUCAUGCUGAGCUUUUUAUACAAGACACACUCUGGUAGUUAAAUAGUGCUCUUCAUCACCAUCUUUGAUUAUGUUCCAAUGUUUUUAUAUCGCCCUUUGGUGCAUAAUCUUGCGAUUUCUUGCUUUUUCGAUGGCUCAAUUUUCCACGCUGUGGUAAUUGAAAUAACAACUUUCACGAUGUUGUGUUUGGUCAGGCUUCUGGUGCCUUUCUUUGCCCAAACAUUCCUCUUUCUUGUCAUCUCCCUUCUCAUCUUCAGAAAUGUUGUGGAAAAAUCAAAGAAAGUGCAGAUGGUUUGUUGCAGCUGUUAGCAGGGUACAUAUCAAAAACUAAAAUUGGUGUGAUGAAUACGCAUGGCUCAGUGUUUGAAAUCACCGUGAAUGAAAAAGCUGUCAGCAACUUUUUUUGGGGACACAAACAAAUGAAGAAAAAGUAAAGUAAACAAACAAACUAAUAUCUACAACACUUAACACAAUGGAUGUGGAUUUGAAGUGUUUUUGUGAAUUAGAUACUAAAUCAGCCAAACUGGUGUCCCAACAUAUUACUGUUGAAUGAUCAAUAAAAAGGAGCCCAUAAAUUUUCCAGUCACAGUGAAGCAAACUCUAUCAGGUAACAUUUUCCUGUAACUUCUGUUGUUUUUGUGGCUCUCCUUUUUGGUUGAUUUACUCUUGGGUGUGCCGCUGCACCUGCAGACUUUGGCCCGGUGCAAAAUCACUAACUUACUCCCCACUACUCACCCCCUACCUCAUGACUUUGAUGUAAUGGCCUGGUUAAAUCCAUAGUGAGCACAACAAAAUCCAUCUUAUGCAGGCUACUUUCUACAGUUUGAUUAGGGUAAAUAUACACCAACAUGCACUUUUCUGUAUUUCUUAUGAUAUAUAACUCUUCUACCUGUCAUUCAUUUUGUGUAAAGGAUGAUUCAGCUCUCUAUUUUCUACUGCACAGCAGAGCAUGAUGGUACAUAUUGGUUGGUUAGUAACCAUAGGUUGUUCACUACUUAUUUCACCACCAGUACAUACUCAUAUAUUGGACAGUACUUUAAAAUAACAAGCUCCUUUCAAUGACUGUGAAAUAUGCAUUCAUAUAAAAUAACCUCACUGCAUUAUAACCAAUGGUUGUUUACUGCUUUAUAAUUUUACACACCGUACAUUUUUUAAAAAUAAGCUCUGGUCCUGAGCAACAAAUUGGAUGUUGAUUUACAAUAACUGACUACAAAGGGUACAAUAAACACAGGAUCACAAAGUCACAAGAUCACAAAUACUGCCAUCUUGUUUACAUCCUGGUAGUGGAGCAUUAGAGAAUUGUUGCUGUAUAUUUUUAGUAUUUGGAAAAAAACAUUCAGACCUCUAAUGCACUAACAGUAAAAAUAGGAAACUUUCAGUCGAAAUCAAUAAUUUGGAAUAUUACAAACUCCGACACAAGUUUCUUCAAAUGCCAAUGUGAUAGAUAGAUUCUGAUUAAAGUAACUGAACAGCUACAAAUCAGGUCAUUGAUAUUAAAAAAUCAGUUUUUAAUUUCAUAAGGAAGUGAGGUUAUUACUAAGUUUGUCUUUUAAAAAACACUAAUUAGUUCAUGAAGGGUAAAAACUGUUUUAAAAAGGAUGUGUAAUAUAGUUAUUUUGAAGCAGUAGAAAAACAUAUAAAACAGGUUUAAGACUUCUAUUGUAUGAAUAUCCUUGUCAGCCAUUUUAUCUGUGAUCUACCUUUUUAGUCUCUCAGGAAUGAUGCUUGUGAUUGAUUAGUCAUGCCUGCUGUGGCCAGAAGCAGGGAGCUCAACAUCUUAAACAGGAGAAAACACUUAUUGUUACACUUAACAGGACACUAAAGUCACACAAUAUGGCAGACCAGGAGGAAAAGUCAUACCAGCAGCGAAACUGGAGCAGCGAACUUUUUAGUGAAUUUUAUCAGCCGUUGGUGAAGUAAAAUGCAGAUAAAUCAGUCGCCAUACACCAAAUAUUGUCUUGAAUAAUCAGCUAGGUCAGAUUAUAGGUUUACCUUUAUGAGCCGUUAACUGGAGCGACAACUCUGACUUGCAGUUUAGACACACCAUGUGAUGGGCAUUUUGACCAACAGUAACCAAAUGUUUAUUUGUUUGACCAACACUUCAAUCUGGUGCCACUUGGGGAGGGUGACCAUGUUUAAUCAUUAGGUAAAACAAAACCCUUAAGUCUUGAAUGUGUCUAGUAGCUUUAAAAUAGUGCAUGUUUCCAGCCAAGGCCCCUUUUAAAUGAAUCAGCGGACACAAAUGCUGGAUGAAAAUCAGAUGUUAUGAAACAUGCUAAUCUGUUCUGAUGAGCCAAAAACCUUGGUCUAAAUCAUUCGGAGUAUCUAUACAAAGUCUUUCAGAUACAGUAACUUUACAUGAGAUGCAGAUGUUCACGUUUGUGAACAGAUGAAGAUUUAAAAAUCUUUAUUUCACAGAGAAAUGACUUUGUGUCAAGAGAUUCAGCUUUAUUGUAAUAACCUUAGGGGACGUUUGGUUUUGUCGGUCAUCGGUUUCAGUCACUGUGUGUCAGGUCCACUGAACUCAAUGCCCUGUCAUUCUGAAUCGUAAAGAAGAAAGAGUCGAUCACUGGACUGUAUCUACAAGUUAAUGACAAAAGAAAACCUCCCGAACGGUUCAAAAAGUGGCCCAGAGGAGAAGCAGAGCCUUAAACUCAAAGCUCGUCUGCGCGCCUCUGCACAUUACAAAAAAUGCAAAUGAGAGACGAGCGAAAUGACAAAACAGGGAUAUGCGUGACAAAUUUAGCUCAUGAUGUGAGUCUCACAUCACUUUUGGCAGUGAAGAGGGUCAUUUUAGGUGGAGGGUUUCUCUCUCUUCCAAAAUCUCAAUUUGGACCCACUACCGCCUUUGGCUCAUGCUCAGACUCCCGUGGGCAGAAGCCGAGCCAUUAAGAGCCAAAGCUGUGAAGGAAGAGACGAGACUGCAAGAAAUGUCUGAGUGCUGCUCUACAAAAUGAAGACGAGGGUUCAAAGCGAUUAAAAAAAAAUGUAGAUUCUAUAUAUUCUGAUACAUAUAGGCACAUUUUGAAAUCUUUGUCAUAUGCUAUCGCUCAUUAAAUGGCAGCUGUACAUAUAAAAAGGGUGAAGGAAGUCAUCCCUGAAAUCUCUGAACACUUCACGAGAGCAUUGCUGAGAGGAACAGAACAAAAAACCUUGUAAAAAUGAUAUGCAAAUGCCGUAUUUUUGUCUUUCCUCACGGCUUCCAAUGCAUCAAAUUAAUUUUAAAUUGCACAGGAUGUGACUAAAACUUUGUCGAAUGUGUCAAAACACUCAAAUGACUCCUCAAAUUGCCAUCAAAUUUGUCCUUGAAAUGCCAUGUUCCCUCUUUUUCAGCCCCUUUUUUGGUAAGACAGUGUGUUUUUGUGGUGACGUCAACACCCAAACAAGAAGUACGAAUUACGGAGCGAGUGCAUUUCUAUAUCCAGUCCAUUAAACAUAUUUCAUUGACUUUUUAUUCCACACUUCUCUUCAAAGAAAAGAAGCAGACCAAUCACACUCUUUUAUCCCAGUAAUGGCAAACAGCACAGUUUAUUGUGCAUUGUUGUUAGCAGCAGAGAGACAUAACACGCACACAAAACCUCCACACAAAGGAGCUGUAUUUGAAGUAAAGCCCCUUUAUAGUCAGCCCAUUUCAUUAAUUUCCCCCCCAUAAUGGACUGAAUUGAUUGCUGGAAACCUCUGAAGCUCAAAGCAUCAGGGCUAUAUGACCGAAAGCUCAGGAGUCGGGAGGAUAAGCAAACGCACAGACAGCAGACUAAUGCACAGGGGACGCGUCUCUGAGGUUUACUUGAUGAAAGCAGCAUCCCUGCAGUAUGUUUUCACCCACAAAAGUACAAACAAUCAAUUUGGUCCAGGGAUAAGACGAGGACAGAGGAAGGCCUCUCUCUUCGACCACACCAUUUCUCUUAAAAGCAGUUUGUCUUUUCCUGCUAAGUGCUCCACUUUGGAGAUGUCCUCGCAGAACCACAAUCAGAAUAUGUUGUGUUAUUUUUUUAUCCCUCCACCCACUUGUAGUGCAUCUUGAUUUUGCCCCUCGCUGCUGUCAAGCCUUUAAGAAAUUUAUGCAAAUUUGGAACCAAUACUGUGUUUCUUUUCUCUGCAGGUGUUUGCAUCAGAUAAUUUCUAAUGGAUGCAUGAAUAUAUUAAUCUUUAAUCUUCUGAGGAAUAAAAAAAAGAGUUCCACUUUAUGUCUAUAGUGGUGGAUGGGCUGUGGCACUGAAGUUUCACAAGUGUUUUUCUGAUUCCCGUUUGGCUCCACAAAGAACAUGCAGUUUUCUUCUUGUUCUUGGCUGCUGCUCUUCAUCUUUAAUAUCAUAAGAAAUUCAAAUGAAAGUGGUAGUCUACAUUGGACCUUAAAAUGUUCUCAGUAUGGGCAAGAGAUCCAGGACAUUAAUUAGCUGGUUGACUUAAGAAAAACAGUGUUUGUCGAAUUACUCCAGUGACUCUUUCUCGCCCUUGGCUUCUGUCUUCUUUCCCUUAAUGAAGUCGAAAAUGUAAUGAGCUUAACAACAAAUGAAACCGCUUUUAUUUUUGUGUCCUCGGGAUUGCGUCUGUGAGAAUGUGCCAGUGAAGUGCGGUGCAGCGGGUUGAACAAUGGGAGUCCCAGCCCGCUCUCCUCACACUGAAAUGCCAACUUUUGGUGUCUGAUAAUGGUGGUGAUGCAUUAUGGGCACUCGGCAGAUCUGCAUUAUUUGGUAGACUCCAUUUCCUCUGUGUGCCACAUUUUUCACCCUGCAUCCUCUUUCAAACCACCUUCGGGUUUUUAUUCGAAGCGGGAGCUGAAUGGCAUGAGUCAGUUUUUUGGAAUAAUCAGCACCGAUAGACAGGUAUGAAAAAUUACCUGAAAGCAUUUGGCCAUUAAACUCUGAAUCUCCUGUUCUUAGAUACGGCAUUAUAGACACAUUAUGAUCACCAUUUGGUCUUUAUCUCAAUAACUCAAGCACAUUGCAGGUCUACUUACCAGUAUACCUUCACCGAUCCCUUACAGUUACAGUGUCACUCACUUUAAUUGUUUAUUAUGUUUUCAGCUGCAAGCCUGUUUUAAGAAAGACAAAAACCCAAUUUUUUAAAGGUUAAAAUAAUAAUAAUAAUCGAAAUCAAAACAUAUGCCACAAUUUUUGGAGAGAAAUUCAAAACCUAUUAUCGAAACAGGUUCAUCUGGAAAAUAAAAAUCUUAAAUUCACUCCUUUUUUUCUCUUUUGGGCUGUUUUUAGUCUCUACCAGCUCCUCAAGAAAAAAAUCUGUCUCGUUAAUCCGUUGCUAAAUUAUGUUGCCUAGCCAGCCACUCGCUGUUUCUGCCAGCUGUUGAGUGUCGGCAUGUGGCGAACAUGCCAACACUGUGGUGAGCAGCGCGUUCACCACAGUGAACAAAGUGGUUGCUAAAAUAAGAUGUGUCUGAAAUCUGGAAGUAGAAUCUCAGGCUGGGUGACUAAAAACUUGACCUGAAAUCAGUUUGCUGGUUGGUGAGCGAGGACAGAGCUGCAAAUUGGUGUGAUGUCUCUCAGGGUUUGUCCUCUACUCUGUCUUCACAUUAAGAUUUUAUACUACAGUAUAUCAUAAAAACAGUAAUCACAACUGCUUUCAAAUUACCACUGCUAUUACUAUCACAGAGGACAGAAUAAUAUAUAGUAUCCAAGCUCUUAAUAUGAUCUCUUUUGUUUUCUGUGAACAUGAGAAAUCAGCAUUUUCCAUAGCAACGGGACUAUUAAUCUUGGUUGUAAGAGAGAAUCAGAGUUCAAGAAAAAGGGGAAAUCAUCUGUAACACCUUAAGCAGGAUGCUGUGAUCAUUCCUUUGCCAUCUGCUAUCGAGGAAUGAGAGGAUUACACGACAAUAUAAAGGCCUCAAAUAACUCCCAUUUGACUAUUUAGCUACUUUAUCAGCUUUUCUGGGUGUGUCUGUAUUUAUAAAAUAAGGUCCAUCAGCAGGAUGAGAAUUGAUGGCAAAAGUCUCAACAGCAAUAUAUAGAGGACGAGAUAAGGCAAGACUGGUUUGUCCACAGGGGUCGCCAAAAUUGACACAAACCAAAAGUUCCUCACGAGACCUUUGAUUCGUUGUGUCGUGAAAGGCUGUUUUGUGGUUUUGUGUGCCUGUAUUUUAGCUUUGGUGUCUGGGAACAUCUGAGAAAAAAUAUGUGACCUUUGGAAGAGCUUAAGGGAAUUUGUAUUUGUCCUCUCUACAUGACUCCUUAGCUCUCCAAUGGGCAGCAUUGUCUCUCUCUACUGUAGUAUCAGUUGGAAGGUUUGAUCCCAGCUCCCAGAGUCAUAUGCCAAAGUGUCCCUGGGCAAGUGAAUGACCUCUGACGAAUGAUCCUGUGACCUUGAGAAUACAAAAUAAUAAUAAUAAUAUAAUAAGAGUUCAUGGUUAUACAUACAGUUAACAUGAUUGAAAUGUGUUAAAAGAUAAAUAAUUCCAUUCACAAGUUCAAACAGUAGUUAAAAAUGUUAAAAAUCUACUAAAAUUCAUGUUUUCAUGUGAUUUGGUAAAUGUUGAUAUAAAAAGGUUUGUCCCCUUCAAGACCGCAUAUGUGCGUGAAAUGUUCUGUUGAUCUUGAGCAAACAUAUGAUCUAUAGAAGCGAAUGGUUUUCUUACCUGCUACUGCAAGAUUAGUUUAGUCUAAGUCUAAGUCUACAACAAGUUUGUUGGCCAGCCACGUUCUUUGUAAUUUUGUGGAAUAAUACCUUUGGAUAUGAGGAAUAAAACUAGAAUUUUUAAACAUUUUUUCUUCAACAAAAAAGCAUUUCCAGAUUUUUGUUGAACUGUGUAGCUGGGCUAGCUACAGACACUGCCUGUCGAAGUAACUAAUUGCUAUCUGAGUGAGCCAUUGCAACAACAUAAAUUAAACAGUUUCUCAACAUGUAAUUCUACACUGUAAAGAUAACUGCAAAACUGACAUAUUCUGUAAAAACGUUACAUCAUCUGAUGUAGGUGUUGGUCUGUAGACAAUGGAAACUUUAUCAUUAAACCAAAAAAAUAAUCUGUUUUUUCCAACGCACGUGUUCUAACACUGAUGUUCAAACUGCAAAUUUGGCUUCGUUUGAAAUGUCAGCACAACAGUUUACAGCUCAACAGGAUGUUUGGGGGAAAAUGUGACUGCUAAAGAAGUUGGUUACCCCUCAAAAAUAAAGCAGUUUAUGACAAAUGGAAGGCCAGUUCCUUCAAACGCAGCUGCAGUGGGAGGUCAGUCCACAGGAGAGACCCUAUCUUGGAUUUAUUGCUGGAAGCUCAGCCCAUAAUCAUUUCUACGGCAGUGCAUCUGAGAAUAAGGUGGAUAGGGUAUCCUGAGAGGGAUGAUUGUAUAGUUGAUAAAUUGAAAAAAGAAAUUUAAAACUAUUUCUGCACAGAGCUGAGAUUUGGUUUAAAACAAAAAACCACCUCUAAUCUUUUUGUCUAUCUAAUAAAGUCGCUCAAUCUGACCUCAGAGCAGCUGACAGAGGAAAGGCAAAAACUGACUGAUGCGAGUUAUCCUCCAGAAAAAAGAACAUUUAAUUGCAGUCAACACAUUUCAGUGAGUUGUCAGACAUUUUGAAGAUGCGGUUGGACUCAGAGGAGGUAAAUAGACAAGGGUGAGUCCCAGGAGAUGGCUCUGUGUGGAUGUGUUUACCCCACAGUACAAUAUACAAAGGCUUAUGUGUAUUCAUGAGAAUGUAAAUGUGUAUCAUUUCAGAGGUGAACUUUUCACAGUAUGCUCAAGGUAAAUAAAACAGUGAUAAUGUGUCAGUACUUCUCUUAGCCGGGUUAUUACAAAGAGCCUUACAUCAGUCACUGUUAUCAACUUUGGGGGUCCCUGAGAAAUUAAUUUAGAUCCUUCAGUCAUCCCCGCUGGUUAGGUUCAAAACAGUGGCAGGAACAUGAAAGUGGCUGGAUCUCUCGCUUUUCUGGUAAUUGUUCCUCCUUCCCUGUCAUGUGUUGCUUGUGGGAAGAAGCAAACUGUAAUUUAGAGGUGUGAUAUUUUGAGCAGGGGUCCCUACCCCCCCUUGACUACCCAAAUCAGACAGAAAUAAUAUUUGGACUGCGCCACGUUAAUGAUGCUGUAGUGGAGGUGGAGCGAGCAACAGGUUGUUUUUGAAGCGGGGUGUUAGAAAGCAGGAAAAACUGUGCAGAUGUGCAGAAACAGCCAUUUUAUUAAUAGCCAUAUUGCUGUAAAGCACACAGAGAUGAUUCAUAUCUAAAUUGCGAGCUGUGUAGCAAAUUUUCAGCCCACCAACAUGAUUUUGAGAUGCCCAUCACGUCCCACUGAAGCACUUUAAACAUUUCUCUUCAAAAAACCAAAACAGAUUGAUAUGGAAUUUCAAAAGAUCGGAUUUGGUCCAACAGUCUGAGUCAUUGAGUCUGUAAUAUACACGCCGCAUGCUUGAGCGACUGUGCAAGUGGAGUGUGUAGGUCUGCCUGCGAGCUGAUACAGUAUAUCACAAUGACAAUAUGGCUGCAUGGAGGGGGUCUAUUUAGGCAUCAGAAACAGUUAAAAUCUCAACACGGCAAAUCAGCACCCCACUGAGAUACGCCUUUUUAAAAUGUCUUUUAUCCUCUUUGUGCAUUCGUUCCUUCUGAAACAUAAUGGAUGCAAGACAGUAAGCCUGUUCAGUAAGAGAUAAAAAGACAAAACAGAAAGAAAGAGAAAGAGAGAAAGAAGGAAGAUGAAGUGGAAGAGCAAAGAACAACUGAACUAAUAUGGAGAAACUAAGGAGGAAAGUAGAAACUAAAUAAAGAAAGAGAUAUUAUGAAGGAGAAAAGUAAAAUGGAAAGUAAAAAGAAAUAACUGAGAGGAGGGAGAGAAAUAAAGGAAAGAAACUAAAGCUAAGUAGAGAAUUUAGGGGAAAAGGCAAAAUAAGAAAAGAGGUAGAAGAAUAAAAGAAGAUGACGAGGAAAAGAAAGUGGUGAGAAACAGAAGGAGGACUGAAAGUGAAAAGGGAGAUAAAAAAUGGAAUCAUUUCAUAUAAGGGAGGGAAAAAAGAAAGUGAAAACGAUAGUAAAAGAAAGGGAAAAAUGAAAAAGAAAGAAGGAAAGAAAGGAGAGAGGGAGUGAAGAAAAGGAGAGAAAGAAAGCCACAAAAAGGAUAAAGGGAUGACUAAACCCUACUCCUUGGAGGGUGGGAGCCAAUCUGAAAAAUGAUUGGUUGGCUUUCCUGGGGCAAAGCUCUCUUUGCUCACAUCAAUAAAACAUAAACAUGAAUAAAUGCACUGCUUUUGGCCUUCCAGGGUCCUUACUUAAUUUCAUGUAUGCAAGUGAAUGAUGAUGUGCACGGAAAAUUAUAUUUACCUAGGAGGCUCCAAAUAAUUCUUGGAGCCAUUUUGUGUUUGUUUGUUCUCAGUAUUUACAUAAAUGCAUGGCUGCACCAUAAACUCUUAAAAUAUGUGUUGAAUGCAACUUCAUUUGUUGGGUCUUCACAGUGUAACUCCUGAAUCUGCCGAGCAAGUUAUGACCCUGCCGGUCGCAGCAUUAGCAUGUAAAGCAGUUCCUUCUCAUUGACUUGUGCCAUGGAUGCACAGCCUAUCAAUAAUGUCGAGGACGUGGGAACACACAGUCUCCAGUGAUGUACUCUUGAUGUAUCCACUUAGGGACAAAUCAUCCAAACAGUCAUUUGCCUCACUAGUCUUGGUCCCUGAGGUGGAUCUUCGCUGACCCAAUUCAACGGGUCAGCUUUCGUUAAUGAGCCGACCACGCUAACAUGUCGACGCCGGUUAAGACGGAGCUUUUAAGGACAAUUACAGCGCGGUUGCUUAGAGGCCUUCUGUUAUCAAGUUUCGCCGUUCGGGGCUAUUUUUAGAGGCUGCUUUACAUCCCCGACUAAAUCUGUGAACAUUUGAUUAAAUUGGACCCAUGUGCAAAAUGGUGCAAAUGGUUGAGACCCAAUUGAAAACACAUUUACGCGUUGUUCACGCCGUUAAUUUGCUGUGUUAGAUAUUUGAAUCCCUUUGGUAAGAAAUGAACUGCCUCUUGUUUGACUCUGAUGAAAUCAAUUCCAGAUUCAAUUUACCUCGUAGUAUUCGUAACGUCCCAUGACAGAGCCAUUGUAGUAAGCAAAAAGGGAAGUGAAGAGACAAACGAUCAACAGUUUGGCAGAGUUUUUCUCUCCUAUCUAUUUUUCAAAGAAGGCAAUUAGGCCCUACAUCACAGCCAUUUAACUAAGUCGGUACUCCAAAUUGAUUCAGACUCCAGCAUUGGACCUUACAGACAUGGUGCAUUUAGUUAUGCAAAUGCUUAUCUCUGGGUGUGAUUGGUUAAUUAACCUGUAAUGCAGAUAGUCCCAGCCAUGCACGUAGGCUGUUUGAUGGCUAAAUUGUGGGUCAAUUGGGUUUUUAACAUUUUCAAAGCAGACUUUUCUCCGUUUAAUGACUCGCCUCGCCGGUCCCAUAAGGUUAAUGUGUUUAAACUCACUGUAAUUGAGCUUUUGACCUAUCUUUCAGGCCUUUUAAAAAUUCGUCAUAUUAUGCCAUGUUCCUGCUCCCGAUUGUUAUUAUUCACCGUUCCUUUCUCCAUGCCCUGCCCUAAACUCUCCUCCUUUCCAUCCUGAGUUAUGAGCAUCCCCAUGGGAAGUCAUUUAUAAUGCCAUUGGAGUGACAAUAAUUCGUUUGCACACCAUUUCACUCUGCCCUCUGUGACUUGGCAAGCUUUUAUGAGCCACAUUUUCGUUUCCCCCCGAAACACAUUGUCCAACCAUCCUCAGAGAACACGCAAAAGCAUUUAGCCCAAACUGGACUCAGGCAUCUUCCGGUGACUAAAAUAAGGGGCAUUAUGUCUUCCAUCAACAGCUGAAAUCAACUUUUGUCGGCGCUUUUGCUGCUAAACCGCCUGAAAGGUAAAAAGGAGACAGAAAAGAAAAGACGGGGAUGUGAGACGGUGUUGUGGUGCGGCGACUGACUGACUGCAUUUCUUUUCGAUGUUCACUGAACAAUUAUGUUCUGAUUUUGCUGUCAUGUAGGUAUCAUUCCACAUGAGAUACAAACAUAGUUCUUGACAGCCUGCAUAGAUUUUUUUUCAGAUCCUGCCACCAGCAGGCAUUUUUUGACGACACGAAGAUCCCUCGUCAUUGGCGUUACAUUCUGCUUGAAGCUGGUAUUUAUUAGUAAAAGGAUGUAACAGGCGUGUUGAAUUCAUUCCACGUCAUUAAGCGUCGACAGGAAGUGUAUGCUCUUCGGCACUUAAGCAAAGGCUGAGACUUUGGCAAUUUGGUAAUUACACAUGUCUGUUGCUGUUGUGUUGCAGGUGAUCCUGAUCUUGACUAAGCUGUAUGACUUCAACCUGGGGGCUGUUACGGAGAGCUCACUCUGGAGGUAAGGCCUCCCAUCCAAACAGAAAGGUUGUGGCGUCAUCGUGCGAAUUUUAUAAAAAUGCAAAAGCACGACCCCAAAAACAAUAAGCAUAAUGUAUUCAUAGAGGAUGCAGUAUACUGUAAGGUUGAUUUAUAGUGUUCCCCCUUGCAAGGAUAUGAGCAAUCAAGUUAUACUGGAAGCCAAUAUAAAGUAUGUUUUAAUAAAGCAAUCUGGAGUAGUUCAAAAUGAAGCAUCUUCCCCUUUGCAGCUCUAUAAAUAACACAACUGAGAGAGCAACAACCUUUUAAAAAAAGACCCAGAUGUGGGCCCUGUCCAACAUGAGCAAAAGAAAACAAAAAACCCUGAAAGACUGUGUCUAAAAGAUAAAACUCAAGUCUUAUCCGCGGGAUUCUUUGUUUGGCUCUCUCUUUUCCUUGACCUAGAAACUUCCUGAUGGAGUUUUUUGAUUGAUUGUCAUCUGUAACCUUUUGUCUCAGAAGCAAUUGACAUGCGAUUGCCACUGUAUAGCCGUAGUAAUUCCAUUCAGUAUAUAUUGAGAGGUGAGUUACAGUGCCCUGUCAGGUCAUAAAUAAGAAUAGAAUUCAUUAAGGAUUAUGCCACCGACUCCUAUCCAGCCUCUGAUAUGCCUUUUUUCCUCACCUCUCCCAUUGCCUGCAGAGAACUCAUUUCAUUCUGAAAUACACACGAAAAAGAGACCAUCACUCCGCCAAGCAUAGAGUUUCAAAUUAAUAUCUGUUUCACCAAAGGCGCCGCUAAGAUUUACACCCGACUUGACACGUUUUGAAAUCCCAUAUUGUGUACAGGAGGUCUUCCAUCAUCAAGGUGUCUGCUUAACAAUGGCACCGCAAGUAAAUUAGAGUGUACCUCAGGGGCUGCAAGAAGCCUCUUAGUAGGGGUAUUAGGAAAGCACAGAUCUGAAUGUUAUGAAAAGAAACAGGAGUAAAUGAUUUUGGCGAUAACACAAUACAUGAUUUAUUGCUACAGCUACAGGCCACUGUUGGUGGCAAAAUGCAGCGUGCAGAUCAAUGGGCGACUCGCAGAUCAACGGCGUUGCUCACAUCAAGUCCUUUUGCGUUUGGAAAUUGCUCCCUAUUUUCAGGCGGCGAAAACUUCACAAUUUACCUGCACUACUUAGGAGGCUUUCUUUAGCAGGACAGACAACAGGAGAGAGUACUCAAGCGCAAUUACAAAUGUGUUUAAAGGGGAAAGUCUUUGAAAACAAUGUCAGCAGCAAACAGCACGAUUCAGAUUAAUGCACAGACAAUGAUAGCAGACACUGGGUAUCUAUCCAAUUAUGCAGUGAAAUUACAUUUGGAGGCACUCAGGUAGAACUGAGAGCGAGGAGAAAUAUGAAGAUUGGGAUGACAAACACAUCUACCCUUGUCACGGGAGGCACGGACUUGUAAGGAACAGGCAGUUCUGUGAAGUAUCUUUUCAUGUUGCGACAGACCUGAAUGCCUUAUUUCAACACGGACUGUUUAAGUAAUAAGGGACAAGAAAUGGGUCAUUUGUUCUCAUAAAAAGGAGAUAAAAGCAGAAAAUGAAUCAUCUUGAAGCUGUAGUUAUCACCCUCAUAUUGCUAAUUUGUUGCACCACAGCUACUGAAUACAUGAAAUGAGACUAAAUAUCCAGAGAAGAUAAAACAUAAGGCAAUUUUUAGCACUUGUUUGGGAGAAAUCUGUGAUAAAAAAACAGGUUAAAAGAAGAUUUCAUAAGGGAAUUAAACCUGCAGACUGAUUUACAAUACUAAAAAUGUGUUUAUCUCUUAGUAUGUUGUCAGGAUGGGAUUUUCUUGACCUUUUACUGCAAAUUUCCUGUAUACACUUUACUGCUCAUUUUUCAAAACAUACCUGAAGUUCAUUAAUUAAUCUAUCACCUUUCAUGGCAGCUGCUGUUUUCAUUGCCUGUCAGUGUGGCAUGAAAAUAUGCUUUCAGAGACCUGACAUGUGUAAAGUGGAUGUACAGUCUGCUUAAUGUGUUUGUCAAAGCCACAUUACUGCUAAAUGGUGAAGUUGCAAAUAGGAAAUGCCUUAUGAAUAUGUCAAUCUUUCUUUAACAUAGAAAGCCACUUGACGUCCACAUAUUCACUGGGUUGUCAAGCUCUGAUCUGCUCUCCAUAAAUGUGUUUCUUUUGCAAGCUCUCUCCUUACAGUAGUCAGCACUAUCCCCUGUGAAGCCAGCGCAUUACCGUACAGUCUUAAAGCACUUUUGAAAAAGUGCAAACACCAAAGGUACCCUGUGGAUUUUUCCUGCAAACACAGUUUUGAUUACAUGUUAUUAAAUCUCUUUUCAGAAUUUUUUUUCCCUCUCUUUUCCCCUCCUCUUUUGCUGAACAAAAAUGUGGAAGUGGGAAGUGGGGGGAGGUAGAGCGUGCUACCCAACAUAAAAGCUCCUCACUUUAGGUUGGCUUCCCCUUCCCCCCUUUUUUUUUGGUUUAUUUUUUUCACCUUUCCUGUUGGGAUGGGCAAUGAUAAGAUUUGCCACUCUGGUGAUAACAAUUAAAGCCCCGAUAAAAAAAUAUUUUAAUUCCAAGCUUUAUUUUUGUCUUGAGAACACCAGUUGGAGAUGUCAAAUAAGAUACUUAACCACAAGUUUAAAUGGUAGGUUAUGGAGAAAACUAAUGACAUCAAACAAGUCUUCAAACAUAUUCAACAUUUGUUGAAAACUCUUAUUGCACAGAGUGAACAGCAGCAGAUCCACCUCCCAUCUAAACCCCAGUUUUGAAGGAAAUCCCUCAUCUGGAGCCUCAUUCAGUGACAAGCUACUGAGAAACGUCUUCUUCAUCACUUUCAGCCAUGUUUGUUUGUUAUUCUGAUCUGUGUGGGCUAUGGCUGUGUGGCCAUCUACAUUUACGAUUGGUUUGUGUGGGACAUGCGGCUGGUUGUGUAACACAGUGGUCCCCAAUCUUUUCUGUACCAGGGACCAGUUUCAUGCAGGACAUUUUUUCCAAGGACCGUGUUAUUGGGCGUGGAGGUUCCAAUAACAAAAACCUUAAUAAGUACAUAGUAUGUGAUCUGGAUACAACAAUUACAUUUUAUAUUAGGCACUUUUCAUUACACUUUAACAUCAACUCACCAUAAUGCAGAAUCAACCCUUUCUCUCUCCAGUGAACUCUGUUUCUGGCUCAUUUUUGCAAGGGCUAGCUUGGGUUUGCCGAUGCAGGGAAAUGACGUGCCUAAGAGUCAAGCACGAAAGGGAAGCGGUGGUCUUCUAAAAUAAGAUACUGGGAAGACGGAUGAAAAGAAAAAAAAAAACAUUUAAUCAUCGUUAUUUUUUUUUGCGGCCCAGUAUUGAUCCAUGGACCGGUACUAGUCUGGGUCCCAGUGGUUGGGGACCUCUGGUGUAACAUACCAGUAGAGCGUAAAUAUUGGGAUAAAAGCAAAAUGAGGUGGAGGCUCAUCCUGUUGAAUCCUCAUUAUCAUUGGCAAAGCUGAUACACUUACAAAAGAUCCCAGUUUAAUCGGUUGUAAACAGAAUAUUUACAUAUUUGCAGUUUUUCACAUCCUCCCCUGGUGCUACAUUUCUAUCCAGGUCUUAACCGCUAGUUGUCGAUCAGUGGAAUUAACUGAAGGACGUCCUUUACUGCACCCUCUCCUUUUAUUUGAUAGACAUGGCUAAUCUCUGAGGUAAACAUAUUUAUUUCCUUUCACUGCUUCUUAACCUUCAACUGAUGACAUUGUUGUCCUUCUCUGAGUCGUAUCAUGCACUCCCAGUUUACCCCCUUCCUCUGUGCAUUUUACAGUUGGCGAACACUAAUGCAUGCAUUUGCCCUCGAUAGUUGGCCCUGAUUUGUAUCUAUGCUUGCUUUAUUAAAUACAUGUGUCGCCACAGAAUAUUAAAGACAUGUACUAACUUUCUAAUUAAGACUGUUAAACACACCCAGCAAUGAUUGAACUCACAGUAGCGCUUUUAAAUUGAAUAUUGACAGUCGUCCAUAUUUAUCUGACUUUACUUUCUACCCCUCAUCUCCAUCAGGUUUAUAGGAAUUAUAGAUAGAUUUAGAUGCACAUCAAUAAUACAGUAGCAGCCUGUAAAAGCAGUCAAUACUUAAGCCAGAGUCUAGUGUAGAUAGUUUUGCAUGAGGUCUUGAAUAAUGAAUAUUUUUGGUAAGCUUCCACAUUUCACUGUUGAGACUAUUUGGCACCGCUUCUAGCAGCACAAGAUAUUCAAAGUAGAGGCUGACUUAUCAAAACAUCUUCCUCUAAUGGUCAAGAACUUCACAGGGUUUCUUAGUUAAUCAUCCUGCUUGUGCAUAAGAAUGUGUCUGCAACACAAUGUGACCUGAAAAGAUUUUCCUUUAUCCAGCUGCCACAUUGUUUGAAUAAAGAGCGGCAUCUGUUUCUUUUAUAUUUCAUCCCUUUUAGAUUGGAGCGCCCUAUACAGAAGAUGACAGGUGUAAUAAUGGCAGCACACACUGUCAGUACAAUUUCUUUCCAGGACCUCAACACGGUGUUUUGCAAGAGUGACAAACAAAAUAAUAACAUAAGCAUGAAGCUAGUCUGUCACUGCAGGUUCAGUCAAUAAACCAAGAGGUUCCCUGAGUGUUAGAAAAUCAAUCUGAAAAUGUAUGGUGUUCUUUGGAGAUGCAUUCACACAAAGAAUAACUGACUUGCGGUUAAUGGGCUAAAACAUGCAAAAACCAAUGAUAUGGUGCUUUGAAAUCAGUUUGAGGCAGCUCUCUUAUGGAUUUUUUCCCAUCAAACAUGCAGUAUGCUUUUUGUUUGUGUCCAGAUCGAACGAUUACGGAAGCACCUACACCAAACUUAACGACAAAGUGGGCUCAAGGACGGUUUUGAGUUACCUGUACGUCUGCCCUACCAACAAACAGAAGGUCAGCAUUUCUCUCUUUCCUUUUAUCUCCCCAUCUGAUCUCCGGAAAGCUUAGCCCCAACAUCAAAUUACAGCUUUUUUAAAAUUGCUGCCAAAUGACGGUAUCUCUGUCUCUCUCUCUCCCUCUUCUAAUGCUAUAUCCCUGGUCUGGCCCUCUGUACUUAAGAUAAUGAUGCUUAGCGACCCAGAGGUAGAGAGCGCUGUUCUCAUCAGCUCAGAUGAAGGGGCAAGCUUUGAGAAGUAUACCAUUAACUUCAAUAUCCUGAGCCUGCUCUUCCACCCCGCGCAAGAGAACUGGAUACUGGCCUACAGUCAUGACAGCAAGGUAUGCCUCCUAACAACAAACCUUUGAGGAGAAUUAACUCUGAUAUAAAUAUAACCCUGAAGUCCUGAAGCUCUGCCAAGUGGAGAUGCAUACAUCAAUUUUUUCACUCCAAAUCAUUUCAAGUGGUUUUCAUGGCGUUUUCUUUUAUGUGAAUCAAUAUAAGUCAUGUUCCCAGUGUACAAACAUAGAAAAAGGCUCACUGUACCUCAUUAGUGUAGGCAAUGGCAGCAUGGCUGGUUGUCAGCCGGUCCAUCACAGUGACCAGCCCAUUGUAUUUUACCAGAUCAGAAAAUUACCAACUUGAAAAAACAAGCUUUGCUAUUGUUCUUGUUAUCGUGGCUGUUUCCCCUCGACUUGUUAUCCCAAGAUGAGGAGAAAAUUGGUCAAAACACCCAGUCGCUCAGGAAAAAAAAUUAAUUUGUUAUCACAGGGAGUGGGAGCAAAUCAUUUGUAAGGAUGCUUGUCGUCUAAGGGCUUAGGGCUACGUAAUCUGUUGCACAUGUUUAUUAAUCUGAUUGUUAAGUUAUUAAAAUGAUUUGUGUAAGGCUGUGUGUGUGAAUCCACUUGACAUCAUAGAAAGCAUAAACAAAUGCACGUCGAUAAGCAGGCUUAUAAUUGGCUGAAUAAGCCUGCGUCUUCCAUAUGCCACUGAUCCGCCAUAUUGGUAGUGGCAAAAACAUGUAGAUGGACGUGGAUUCUGUUUUCACACAAUUAAAUGAUCAACCCUAACCCUUAACUACGAAAUGAUAAAUAUUAAGUUAAAGUUAAGUUAAAAAUAUGUAAAUACUUAAAAGGCUACUACCAUGAAUAUGUUGCUACACUCGAGUUACCUCGGAAGUCAGAUAUCGGAGCUGAAAAUGACGUCACACCCGGAGGGGGAAACAAGAUGGCUACAUCUAUGAAAGUUAUUUUAGUGCUGGCCUUAUAUUUGGACAAGGCAAGUGCUACAAUAACUUUUGUAGAUAAAGCCAUCUUGUUUCCGCCUCCGUUAUUGCUUGUUUCCGACUUGGUAACUGAAAUGCUGGUAACUCAGGUGUGCCGUCAUUUUCAUUUCCGAGGUAACUCAAACGCAGCAUCAAUCUAUAAAGAAUGACAUCAUGAUCUUUUUUAAUGGUUUUGUAAAGUUUGAGGACACAGUGUCAGGACCACAUUGCGGGAACACAUUUGUCAUUUUAGUGUGUCAUGUAACUGUUUUUGAUGACGAUGAUUUAACCCAGAGCAAAAUCAGUCAGUCAAGGGGCCAAGAGAUGCGGUCCUGACACUGGCUUUGCAGACACAUAAUACUGAGUGAGGGCUGAUGAGCAGUUGUCAUCCAGUGAGUCUAUAUCAUAACAUAAUUUCGGUUACUAUUACAUUUACAGUAAUUUGAUCAAAAUUUCCACCUGCACUCUGUCAGGGAGUAGCAUUUUGUUGAAACUUAAAUUUCUGAUGUUAUAAAAAGUAUGUUUAAUGCAUUUCCCCAGUUAAUUUCCACCGUAUAAAUAGUAAGCUUAGCACAAUUGGACUCUGAAGUGGUUAAAGUCAUAUAACAAUAACAGUACUACUUUAAUUACUUGAUGUUUUUAGCUCUUACAUCAGAUCACUCUGUGUAUGCCAUAUAAAAAGCUGACUGUAAAGAUACUAAAUAGAGAGUCAAAAAUUGUUCAAGUGAAAGAUGCAUGUUGAUUUUACAGAGUACACAAUGUGCAUGAGAAUAUGUAUUAUAAGUUUCUCUCUGGCUGUGAUGAUGGCAAUUAACAUGUAAUGAAGCUCAUCCUAAUUCUAUCUUGCAGCUGUACAGCUCGCUGGACUUUGGGAGGAAAUGGCAGCUUGUGCACGACAACGUGAUGCUAGGCCGGUUCUACUGGUAUGAUUGCACGUAUCCUAUUUUUGAACACAGUGAUUGAUUGUAAUUUGCAUAAUGAUAGUGUUUGUGACCCUGUGCUGUCAGAAGGAUCCAGUGACCCCUUGUCAAAACCAGAUCUACCUCUUUGCAGUCAAGCACAAAGCUGAUUAUAUCCAUAUCACGUAGGAGGAAGCAAUAUUGUGCUCCUUUUCCAUAGCACAAACAUGACAUGCUGUUUUUGUUGUCGCUGUCAUAUCGUAAUCCAGACUGCUUGAGCACAAGGCAGUGAAUAUUGAUGUGAGCCCGUUUAUCCCUGUUUGUCAUGGUAUGUGUCAAACCUAAGUGUGGUUUCAAGUCGAGAAAGAAAGGACACUAGAUGGAGGACAUCCUCUCCACAUGCAUGAACGGCACAGUGUUUGAUAAAUAAGACAACGCAGUGGGAAUGCCGGCCCCCGAAACAAUGCAUUAUCUGUGCUCUUGAAAACCAUUCCUUCACACAUAUUAUGUCAAAUAGUUAUUUUUCCGUAUAGUGCCGCAGCCACCCACAAUUCCAUAAUGACACACAUUUGUUUUGGUGGAUACUUCUGGGAAUAGCUGGUGUUUUGUCUCCCUCCUCCCUCUUGUUGUUUUAUCUCUUGAUGUUUUGGUGAAUUGAGAUUAAUUGCCGCUGGUGGUGCAGAUUCUAUGCACUGACUGAUUUACAGGAGAUAAAAGAAUCUUUCAAUCGCUCUCACACAAUGUCCACCUACAGCUGUGAUUCUCACCCCAGCCUCCCUCUUCUAUCUUAUCUCAUUUUCUCUUUUCUUCCCCAUCUUCCUUCAUCUCUCUCUGCUCCUCUCCAUCUUCUCCUCCUCCUUCCACUCUUCCAAGGGCGGUAAUGGGGCUGGACAGAGAAUCUGAUGUGGUCCACAUCGAGACACGCAUUGCAAAAGGCCGUGAGUGUGCUCCUCUCCUGUCCACUGCAGUGGCAAGACCCACAGGACCCCCUUGCCUCUCAUUUAGAGCGAGGUCACAGGGAAGAUGAGACCCGUUCUGCCGCUCAGAUUGGUCCCCGAAGUCUUGUAAAGCAGAAUAGGUGUCUUCUGACAAAAAUGGAGAGUUUUAGCGGGUUGAUGGAUGUUUCUCCCCUUUAAUCUAUCCCCUGUGUCUCAUAGACAAGCCUCGACUCCCUCCUUCUAAACAGCAUUCUGUCAAACCAAUUAUAAGGGUUUCUGCAUUGGAAAAUAUACUCAUAUUCCUCUGGUGAGAAAAACUGUCUGAAUUAGCAUACAAACUUUUCUUGUCUCGUAUUACGAACACAAAAAAUUUGACACCCCAUAAGAGCUCCUACUCGUCUAAUUUGGGGCGCAAAAAGGUCGAAUGUGUGCUUGUAACUCCAGUCAAAUAUUUCGUCGUUAUCACACAGUUGGCUAACUUUUCUCAGAACUGUGAACUUCAGUAUGUUUAGCAUAUGCAUACUGUAUAGCAGCUCCAGUGCAUACAAAGUACUGUUUGAGGGUAAAUGGUUGUAAUUUACUUCUGAUCGAUUUCCUUUCACCUCUUUCCAGGCGCUCAGUAUGUGAAGUGCAGAGCCCAGCGCUGCACAGACGCUAACAGACAGUACCUCUUUCCUGGACAUGUAGACACCAACUCUCUGGUUGUGCAGGAUGAAUAUGUUUUCACUCAGGUUUGUAUAGUAAUGGAGGACUUUUUAUGACAAAACAAAAAACAGAUUUUGUCAUCUUUUUUAACUCGAGGCUUAUAUCUCUGGGUUUUUUUGUUUUUUUUAUUAGGGUUUUGUUUUUGUUUGUUCGCUUUUUUUUUUUUUUUUUUGUCGUCUGUGCAUCCAGUCUUUUUCAUCAAAACUCACAUAAUGGCUUUCCCCAACACACCUGUUCCCCGCCAGCCCGAUGUGUGUUUUGAUUAUGUUUUGUCUGGUUCAUGUCAAGGCACGCUCAGUGUGUGACUUUCAGCACAGAUAAAACUCAAUCCCUGAAAAAUGUGUUUGUUAGCUGAGAACACAUGGCAAAGAAGCUGUGAAUAGACAGGUCGGUGUCCUUAUUACUAUUCCCUCUGACUUUGACUCCAAUUAGACAGCAGCAGUCAGGGUCAUUAUUAGAAAUUUAAUUUCUAAAUGCCCUCCUCUGUCAUUGAUUUCCAUCCACAGUGAAGUAAUUUUCUCUCUGCCGGCCAGCCUUGAUGCAUUCGGUCAUCCCUGUUAGACUCAAGCCAAGUUUUAGUAAAAUAAAAAUAUCUAAUUAUAGAAGUUUUCUUGAACUCACUGUUUGUGGUAAACCAUGCCAUACUCCCCCAUUUUAAAUAAACACCCCUGAAUGUUUUCUGUUCGUUUCUAAUUUAUUUAUCCACAGAUUUAAUCUUUUGAUAUGAUAUGAUGUUGCAGCAGCAGCAAUACUUUAGCAGUGACCUAGUUUCACUUUCAACACACUUAAUCCACAGACUUGAUUGGAAUGGCUGCGAUGCAAGAAAGAAAAUGUAUGAAAAAAAUAUCACAGCGAGGUUCAGAAAUGGUGAUUCAAUAAAACGACCAAAUUGCAUUUAGCUGAGAUGAGAUUGACCGUCAAGGCAGAGGCAGACAUGAGGAAGACGCUGGUGAAAAUAACUGGACCCAGGGAGGGUCUGCGCACAGCUGCGGUGGCGGCACAGAUGACUUUCUUGUGACUUUCAUUGCUCGGGGCAGUUGGAUUUAACUUGACAAAGAGUAAUGAGGUUAUCGAUUGGGCUACAACGAAAUAAGCAGUCUUCAACACCUCCAAAGUCUCUUGGGAGAGAAGGAACAGCCAAGUGCAACAUCCUCAAAAAUGUGGCCUGGGAAAAUGCAGCCCAUUGAUUUUCGAUAGAUUAUUCCAUUAGAGCCCUAAUGUAGUGUGUUGGGGGACAAACACCAUCCUUCUAGUUGAUUAGAAAAUAAGCAAUCAAGUAGUGUUGGCCUGGCUGUAAGUGGAUGGGGAAGUGGCAGUGCAUUAAGAUCUUCAAGACACACUGUAGAUAAAGCCAACACAAUUUCCAGUGCCUCUUAGCUUGAGACUAAUUGAGAUAAUGAUAAUAAUUUCUGUUGUGCUUGUAAUUUUAAUCUUCUUUCAACACUCUGGAAAGUAGAAUAAAAAUCACAAGCGCUUUAUCAACUCAGUCAUGCAUUGGAAAUUAAUAUACCUCCUUCUAGAGAUGUUUGAGCCUCAUGUCCUCAUUUCACUGCAGAGUCACAUUUGGGAUGGUGAUGGUGGCAAUUUCUCUCCCUCCCAUCACGACGCAGUUUUUUUUUUCUUUUUUUCAUUUUCUGGACAGGCUGCAUAACUCUCUCUAUGCAGGGAAACCUCACACCCAUGAAGUCAAUCAGAAAUGAAAUGUGCAAAUGAGAGCUUGUGACCCAAAUGAUGAAAAAAGAAAGAAAACUGUGUGGCUGCUGAGGCAAUGCUUGAAUGACAGAGCUUCUUUGACUUUGUCACGCAGGUAACAAAGUCAGGACGAGCCAGCUACUUUGUCUCCUACAUGAGGGAAUCAUUCAAGAGGAUGAAGCUACCCAAGUAUUGUCUGCCAAAAGUAAGCACGAGAGUGUCAAAGAUUAAUUCUCACACUCAAAAAUGAUGAUUUUAUUCGUUCACAUCUUUUUUUUUCCUUCUUUGUUGCAGAAAUCGAAUCAUAAAAAGUGUUAUUUUAUGAAGAAAUACCACACUUAUUCAGAAGCACCUCAGCAGGGAUAUGCCUUUGUUUUCUCCCUCGUGCCUAUCUUUCUCACCUGCUCUUCUUUAACAUUUCUCUUUCUCAAACGCACACCCUCCUACAGGACAUGCACAUCAUCAGCACAGAUGAGAAGCAAGUGUUUGCAGCAGUCCAGGAGUGGAAUCAGAAUAACACCUACAGCCUGUACAUCUCCGACUCUCCUGGGGUCUACUUUAUCCUUUCAUUAGAGAACCUGCGAACCAGCAGAGGACCUGCUGGUAACCUCCUCGUAGACUUUUAUAAGGUGUGUUUGAGUCUUGUUCAUGGGCUGUUGCUUUCGUUUCCAGUCAUUUCACAUGGUUGUGGUAACAUUUGUCAAAGACGGCUGUCACAUUUCUGCAGCCUGGAGUUAUGUACUUCAUCAUUUCAAACCUUUAUUUAGUCAAUUAAUACUCGCAGACCUGCAUUUUUCCAUACUAAACCCUGAUGUAAUCAGAUUUUUCAGAGAUAUUUUUCAUGCCCUUACUAUCCCUAUAAAAAUGGGAAAAUUUGUCCUCACAUGCUUUGCUUUGGUACAGUUUUCAAUGUUUAUUCAUUUAUUCCUUUGGUACCACACUUUAAGCAACUCCCUAAAUCUAAAAGAUAAUAUUAAGCUUUUAAAUGAACAUAAUUAUCAUUUUUAGAUUAGUUAUUCAUUGCCUAUUUCCCACUGAGCAUUUUUUGGUCUUAAAGAGGUCUAACAGAUGUCUAAAUGUAGCCUAGACGAUUGGUCUAAAAUCAGGAUAACACAGGUCUAAAAGUGAAAGUUUUUUAGACAUCUAAAUUUAGACCAAGUCUAAAUCUGGGCUAUAUCUAUACCACACUGCAUAUUGCUCAACAGCUGUCAUAAUUAUGUUGGUUAAGUACUCUGAGAUCAGUUAUGCAACUCACAGUUGUUUUUUGAAAUAAAUAGUUAUCAAAUAGCAGGUUAAAGUACGACGUCUAAAUUCUGUCUAAAGAUAUACAGGAUCUAGAUGGUCGAAAUUAGGUCUAAAACAAAAAAAACUAGAUGUCUAAUGGCCGUUUAUUGCUCAGUGGGUUAUUAGAUAAAGUAGAUCUUAGAUAGUACUUCCAGCACUUGGUACGUUGUUGCAUACAAGCUCCACAAUAGUAUGUAAACUCUUAAGGUUACACAAUACUGCUUCAGUCCUUUAGUGUUUAGUCUUAGUCUUAAACAUCUUUCUGUUUCAGUCACAUUUUAGUCAUUUAGUCCCUGAAUAGUUUUAGUCGACAUAAAGUCAAAACAUUUUAGUCGAGUAUCGUUGAUAGAAAUCACAAUAUUUUAUCCUUUACUUUACAGUCGACUAGAAAUUGGUACCAGGGUUGAGGUAGUAAAUAAAUCUGCAAUGUGUCACUCACUUAAACUUUGGUGUAAUGCUGCUGUGCUGUCCCUGCUGAUCUACUAAAGUAAAAUCUGCAAGAUCUGCAAAGAGAUUGGAGUUAUUGUUUUGUCAACCGGGGGCAUGAAAAUUGACACAAACCGAAAGCUCCUCACAAUUGUUUCAAGUAACUUUCCAAAAUCAAAAAUUGAUCCUCUUAGAAAAUUUUUUUUGGUCAUCUAACUGAGUUUUCUUCCUAGCCUCAGGGAACAUCAUGAAUUUGAUUGAUAUGACUGCAGCAUCCCUCAGACAUAAUUGCAUUUUUGCUGUUUUCCUCCAUAGGUCGAGGGGAUUAACGGCAUGUAUCUCGCCAACAAACUGCUGGACAAUCACGUCAAGACUUUUAUCACCUACAACAAGGGACAAACAUGGGCCCUGCUGCCAGCUCCUGCCACCGAUGUAGCAGGAAAUAACCUUCACUGCAUCCUGGUGAGCCUUUGGGCAGGACUGAAUAAAUGUUUUUAUUCAUGCAGAAUGAAGCUUUUGACACAUAUCAUUCGUCAAAUGUUUCAACCUCAUCAGCUGUGCUUCAGAUGCGCUUGGUUCCUGAGCCGUAUUUGCUCAGGGCGAGGCGCCAACCUCAGCAUCAGCUUGCCUUUUUAAACCUCCUAAACGGCUGAGGAGAUGUUUGCUGGGAUAUUCUUAUUAUCAGAGCGAGCCUCAGAGUGUCAUUGCCUUUAGUUUCAGGGGUCCAGACUUUCCAUUAACCUCUGUGAUUUCAAUUUACUACCUGUAGUCACUGCGGACUAAUGAAUGUUAGAUUACACAGAAUCACAUUAUGAGGCUGUGUUGUUAUUCAGCAGGUAUGAUGGUCACCUCAUUCGUUCAGCAUGCUCUUUAAAGAUUGUUUGAAAUGAUGUUGGUUGUUGAGUUAAUAGCAGGUUACCGUUUUCCUCCGUGUCACAUGAAUGACCAUAAUGCUCUUGUCUGCUUUCUGACCCUCCCUUCAACUGCUGCUGUUUGAAAAGCCUUAUUGAUGUUUUUCACUGUGCUUCAGCCGGAGAGAUGAGUGGAAAUGAUUUGAAUCAAUUUCUCCAGUUUUAUCAGCGCAUCUUGGAGAAUUUUAAUUACAUGCCUUGUUUGCUUUAGAAUGAAACAAUUCAAAUGCCCUUUGUGUCCUCUCAGCCGUUUUCUGCCUUUUUUUUCUGGGGAGAGGAGAUGAGAUGAGAAGAACAAAGUAUCAUUGUUUUCCAUAAAUGGUGUCUGUGAGUGUUGGCGCUUUUCUCUCAAUGAGGAGAGGAGUUUAAAGGCAAAGCUAAUUAUAAUUGCGCAUGUGAAGAUCCUCCUGAUACGUAUUGUCUAAACCUUUUUCUGCGUUGGACUUUCGUUUUGUUGACAGCCAUUUUGUUCGCUACAUCUUCAUCUGGAGAUGUCGGAGAAUCCCUACACAUCCGGGCCCAUCACCAGCAAAAAGUCUGUGCCGGGGAUCAUCGUGGCUACAGGUAGAGUUACCCCAAAGGACGGGCGUUUGAUUUACAAAUUAAACUGAUUAGAUUAGAGCUGACACAGGCGGAGGACCUUUGCUAAUUUUCCAUCCCCAGAGGCAUCCCGACUCUCUCAGAUAAAUGGUUGUUGCAGUGCAUCCACAUAAAAAAAACACACAGUUAAUCACACACUGCCCUUUUUGUGUCAUUGAAAUCAGAAACUUCAACUUCAGCUCCUAAAUCACAUAUUUUGAGUGCAUUGAUUGGGUUUGCAGGGACGUUAUAACCGUGUCCUCUGGUGGAAAAUGAGGACAUGCACAGAUUCAAAAAUAAGGAUUGCAUUGGUUGAUUGUGCAUAUAGGUUUGUUAGGAGGCCUUUGCUAUGUAAAUACACACAGAGUGAAAUUAUUCAUGUUUUUGUAUUCAGGGAAUAUCGGAACAGAGCUGUCCUCUACCAACCUUGGGAUGUUUAUAACAUCAGAUGCAGGAAAUAGCUGGAGACAGGUGAGGCCCACUUAAAGUAACAUGUUUACCUCAAACAGAUAAUGUGUUUAUCUUAAAGGGUGCCAUCAUGGGAGCAGAGAAGGCAGUACAGAGAACAAAAAGUAUUGAAGUAUUUAGGGAGACGUAUUUUUUAAAAAUAUUUUUCUGACUACAUUGUGCUUUUACCUCUUUAAGUUGAACCAGAGCUGGCCCAAGCCUCAAUGGGGCCCUAAGCAAAAUUUGAUUUUGGGGCCCUCUAUUUCUGCCAAUAAUAUUGAUUGUUGAUCAUUCACACACCUUCACAAGUCUCUUUAACAUUUCCUGACAUGCAAACAUACCUUUAUCUUGGCGUUUUUUCUCUUCUUCCUCUUUCUUUUCUCUGCCCCUAAAGGAUAUGUCCUUUUUUGCGACAUUGUUUUGCCCCACAACUACCUGCACUUUGGAUGCUCAGUAAACAUUACACAGCAAAAAGCACAAAACGGUAGCAGAGCUUUGACAUAUUGGCAGUAAGAAUCAUAGGCCUACAUCAGCAGCAUCACUAAAAUGUUUUUACUUUAUUUUAUUAUAACAAUAAUAUAUAUUUGAUCAUACAGAAAGCAUCACUCAUACAUGCAAAAAAUAAAAAAAAAAAUAUAUUUUUUGUUUAAUUUUUGAUUGCUCUUAGGGGCCCCCUACUGGCUGUGGGGCCCUAAGCAGGCGCUUAGUUCGCUUAUGCCUCGGGCCGGCUCUGAGUUGAACACAAACUUUCUGCUCCCCUGUUGUUAGAUGGGAAUUACCAACAUUUUUAUCUCGUAUGGUCGUUCAAUAAGAAUCUGUAUUUUUAUCUUUCAACCUCAAGGCAAGUCAUAAAUAACAUAUGACGGAUGAGUUCAUCAGGAUGACUGGUAAAUGUUUAAUUGGAUGGACAGUAACAGGUUAUCGGGGAAAAUUAAGCACAAAAUGAACACAUGGUAAAUCAAUCUCAGUGCUUGAAAUCAUUUAUGAAAUCCAUGUAACGUGAAAAAAAUAUGUAUUCUAAUGUAAUCUUUAAUUUUGAAUUGAACAACAUCUUAAAUUGAUCUCAGGUAGUUCUUAAUGUAUCAUAGAUAAAAGGUUGGAGCUGGGGCUCAAGGGUGGAAAUAGCUGUCUAUCAGUCAGAGUGUUGGCGGUCCAGAUAAAGUGAAGUGUCCCUCGAGAAGACACUAAACCCCUGAAGUGCUCCUGCUGGCACAGCCGCUGGUGUCUAAAUGCAUGUGAAUGGAAUUAAUUAACACUGAUGGGUAUUGUACAUUGUCACUGUUGUCAUGAUUCGAUUCAAUUACCAUUAUCCUGCCAACAUCUCAGUUCAAUACCACACUGCAUAACAAUACAUCAUAACGCUGUGUAGUAAUACAGACCUUUACAGGCUCACUUUACUUUGAAGGAGUGACAAGAAGCUCACUGACACUCUAAUAUUUACAGAUGUCAGUUAUUAUGGGAGAAACCCGUCAUCUGUGCUUUUCUAUAAUUACUGAAGAGCAGCAUGGUUUAUCGUUUGUUGUAAGCUAAUUAUCGUGGAUUGAAAUAUACGUUAAAUAUUGAAAGGAUAUGCAACUUUGUGUACAUUAGGCUCUUUUCCACAAUCCCUACUUUGCGAACAAUAUUUACCUUCCUCAAAAAAAAACCUUAAUCUUCUCAUCAGGCUUUAGUCCCCCCGCUUUCUCUCUCUCUCUCUCUCUCUCUCGUUCUCUCUUUCUCACACAUAACUUAUCGUCUGUAUACCGUUCCUCUGCUGUCUGUGCGUUAGCUUCACAGGGUGGGCUGACACACUCAAACAUAGUGCACUGCACACAGAGACCAUCAUUGAUUAUCUUCUGUCGCUGCAUCGAUGCAGAAUCACACACGUCGACACAGCGAUGCAUCAUGAAAAUGAUUAAUUUCAACACUCUUAAUAGGCACACAGCAUGCUCUGCAACGAGUGUGUGAGUGUUUGUGGCGUGGAUGGAUGCAUAAAUUUGAUUUGUUGUGUAAAAAGUUGUUUGAUUGAUCAGAGGAUUAGAGAAGCCCUAAAUAAGAACAGUCCAGUAAAAAGAGAGAGCCAGACAGUGAAGAGGAGGCUUCAGUGAGAAAUAAAACUAUAGUUACAUGGAUGACAAUGAACAAUUUAACAUUACCAAUGAGAAACCUCAGCUCUGAUAAUUAAGAUCCUGGGGAUAAUUUGCUCUUUUUUGGCUAAUUUGAAGUUAGAUCAUUUCCAGUUUGAUGAGAUUCAUAGUUAGUAAGCUUUGCACAGCUGCUUCCUGCAGAGAGCUACCAUUCACUUCUAUACUGUGAGAACAACUCCGAGCCUCUCCUCCUGCACUCUAACCUCAGUGAAGACAUUAAAGAAGGACUCUUAUCCUCCAGCAGAGGCUUAUUUUAAAGAGGUACCUCUUUGUCUGUUUGAGUUAAAUCGUGUGUACUUUUGUCACCUUUGACCACUGCAGAUUUUUGAUGAAGAGCACAACGUCUGGUUUCUGGAUAAUGGUGGAGCUCUGCUGGCUGUGCUGCACGCAGCCACACCGAUCCGACAUUUGUGGUAGGUGUAGCUAUUGUUCAACAUCAGCUGAUGUCAUUAUUGCUGUAGGCAGAAGCUGUAGGUGUUGAAGUUGUUCUAGAGAGGGAAAUUACUGGGGUAUAAUUUUAUUUUUCAGGUUUUGAUGGAGUUUAUGAUUGCACCUAAUGUUUUGAAAUACUGACGGGCAAAGUUGGCCUGAUUGCUGUAUCAGAGCUGCAGCUUCAGAGCUGUCAGAACCAUUUCCAGCAGAAGAAUGUCUGUGUACUCGUGGACGGAUAUGAUGGUUUGAGUGCUUUUAUGUAAAUGAAAAGUAGAGCCGGGCGGAAAUACAAGCCUGAGGAUGCCCUCAUAAGUUGCUCAUAAUGUUGAAGCUUUGUAACACCAUCCACUUUGAUGUCCCCGCUCACUACAGCCCUGUCAGGAGUGAUUAAGCUCUGAGAAAGGUGAUUUCACCCCAUCUCUCCGCCCCACCCCGAUCCGUUUCUAAUGUUACAGCCUGAGUCACAUCUUUCUUUUCUGUUGUUUUGUCACCUUCAAAAAUUUACCUGCACUGGGGAGCAUUUGUUCUAUUGUUCAGUCUGCCGUCGCGAUAAUUUUUCACUUUGAAGAGAGUCCAAGGCGCUUCAUUUUUCAGCUCUGGCAAAAGCUAAAUGACCUGAAAUCUUUUGUCAUAUUUCCUUGUGCGUUGUUUUUCACAGCUCAGCCUAAGUUCUGGUAAUGUUUGAUGUUGUAUGCAUAAAGGAAGCAAUAUAUUGUGCCACUACAGGCAGAUAAACAUGAGCGGGUAGACAGACGGACAGACAGAUAGACAGACAGAUGUUCUCGCGCUGACAGCUGUUGUUUGUUUGUUUUUACUCAGGAUCAGUCUAGACGAAGGGAAGAAAUGGGACCGGCACAGUUUCUCCCUGGCUCCUCUGUAUGUGGAUGGAGUUUUAAUGGAGCCGGAAUCUGACAAUCACAUUAUCACGUAAGCAGAGACGAGUACAGACCAGCAGGAAUAAAACAAAUACCAGGCUUUCAGAAUGGGAUGAAAGGUCCAUCUGAUUUUCCACAAUGAGUAAAACUUUCUGUCAAGUGAAUGUUAUCUUCUUUGUCCACACGUCUGACUGAAUUAGUAUUUUGAGAACAUGAUGUGCUGUUACUUUGUCACAACAACAUCAUCUGCAAACGCUGUUGUUCUGAAUUUGCAUUUCGGUGAAACUCUUGCAGCUUUUUUGGACACUUCAGCCAUCGCUCAGAGUGGCAGCUGAUCAAGAUCGACUACAAAGGUCUCUUUAACAGGAGAUGCAUGGAUGGAGAUUACCAGACGUGGCACUUGCGCAACAAGGUAACAAGAAUUUUAAACAUUAUUGAUUUAUUGUCCACUUCAAGAGACGCACGAUUGUCUGUUGUCACUGUAAACACUGUAGGCACGCUGAAUGCAUGAACAAAUAUCACUCAGGCGCUCAUUCUGCAGAGUUUCUCUUUGUCUCGUGAUAAAAAAAAAAGAUAAUCUUUUACUCUGUUCGAUAGGGUGAGCAGUGCGUGAUGGGUGAAAAGCAGAUCUAUAUGAAGCGAAGGCCGGGGAAUCGUUGCAUGCUGGCCCAGGACUACUCCAGGCUGUACUCCUCAGAGCCAUGCCUCUGCACGUCCUAUGAUUUUGAAUGGUACCGGUUUCCUCUCUCAGACAUCCUGGUCGAGAUUUAAUUUUAUUAUCAUGUAUUUGUCGAACAGAUUCUCUAAUUACAGUGACUUGUAGACAUUUGUAAUCAAAACCAGAAGUUUUCAGUUUGCUGAACUUCAUCUGCCUUAACAUCUCUCCUACAGUGCAUAUUUAUCGGGUAACUAAUUGGAUUAUAUUCAUCAGAUCUAAUUAUAGUUUUAAAAUUGUAGAUGGGAGUUAGAAACUUUUCAUCGAGCCACUGUAAUUUGCAUAAUGUCAAGUGACUUAUUAGAAUUCAAUUAAUAAUGAAUCACUAAAUGAAUUUUGAAUAUCUUUUAUCCAUCUGUCUGAAAUUCUGUUUGAUCCUGCUUGUCUGACAAUCAUGUCUCUAGUUAUGGUCUUAGAAUACGCCAUGAAGCUCAAACUGCACCCCGCUGCAAAAGCUUGUACAUGCCAGAUUAUUUGAGUAGAACUGUUUAUCAUUUUAUGAAGUGGUGUGUGUUUUUUGGCAGUGAUUAUGGGUGGGAACGCCAGGUGGAUGGGAAGUGUUCCCCUGCUUUUUGGUUUAAUCCAAAUGGGGCAGCUAAGAGCUGCAGCACCAGCCAAAGCUUUCUUAACAGCACAGGGUAAGUGGUCCUCGAUGUUCAAUCCAUCACAAAACAAUGUUAUUUCAUUCCAGCUUGUUUGUCACGUUGUGUAGAAUACAAACAGAGGAAAAAAUGUGUUCACUUCCUCAAUGGUGCAAAAAAAAAGAGAAAAAUACUAAAGACUGGGGAGCUGAAAAAGUAACCUUGACUGUGUCCCAAUUCCAGAGUACAUAAAAAUGCAAAGUGAGCCUGACUAUGCACAACAAUUAUGAUAAUAAACUUGCAGAUAGAUUUAUAUUGUACACUAUAGACUAUGAACACAGAAUAACAAGUGAGUUACUCUGGUUGUCUCUAAAUAGGUAUAACCUCAAACAUCUGCUCCUCUUUGCUAUAAACAUGUAUAAUGUAAUAGAAGGCAUGGCAUCCUCAUAUAAACAUUUGACUUUCUCUUUUUUAUGUCCAGCUUACAGAUGAAUCACACAGUAGCAGCACUCAUCUGUUUAGAAAAAGAAAGAGUAUAAAUAAGAUGCAUAGAUUUUAACAAUUGUACGAGCAUUUAUUCCCAGCACAUGUUUUAUGCCAGGAGCGUAAAUAAAAAGAAAUUAUAACUCCACAUAUUUUAUUUCACCCCCAAGGUAUCGAAAGGUUUUGUCCAAUAACUGUAAGGAAGACGGGAGGAACGUGUACUCGCCUAAGAGGCAGCCGUGUCGCCCCAGACCACCACGAGGACUCCGGCUAUCCACCAGUCCAGGGGAGCUCGCUGCCAGUGUUGGGAACAAUGUUACCUUCAUGGUUUACCUGGAUGAUGUGAGUCAUAUCGCCUAAAGGUCACUGUGGCGUCGGUAGUGUUGAUCGGCCUGUUGAACCGAAAUGCAGCACAGCUCGUGUGGCUGAAGGCUCUGUGAACAUGAGUGAGACAAAUACCUAUAAACACAUGCCUACAUGUGCACAGUGAUGGAUCUGAUAAUCAUCAAAUGUUUCAAGGGAGUUGUUUGGUCAUAAAAGCACAUUCAUAUAUAUUCAUAAAGCAAAUAAUUUUCUUACCUGUAGGUGGGACAACAUGGCAACAAGAGGAUCAAUGUGAGUUAUAGGGGUUUUUUGACCUAAUAAGAUUAAUCAAUGUUUUAAUCAAAUGCCCAAAUGCUUUGAUACAUUUCAAGAUUUGUUAAAGAUCAGUAAUUCCACGACUUAUAAUGCCUCAUAUUUAUAAAGCUUCAUAAAUGUAUUUAUAAGGUUUUAUAACAGUCCUUAUAAGGGAUUAUCGGCCUUCAUAACAACUAAUAGCAACAUUUAUGAAGUGUUAUUAACAGUGGACAUAAUUCCUUAUGAAGGUUUGAUUUAUAAUUCAUUAAACCGCAAAGCAAAACUGACAACAACUUAAUUCAGUUUUAGAGGCUCAUCAGAAAUCCUUUAUUUCGCAAAUAUUUUGACUUAAAAAUCUGUUCAAAUUCAACAAAAUAUGAGCUUUUAUAGAGCUGUUUAAGUCGCAUACUUUUAGUUUUACUUAAUGUAGUAAAAUCUGAGACUUUAUGUUUUUGUCUGUGUUGAAGCAAGUCCAGAAGUACUUUUGGAUAUACAGCAAAUUAUGGCAAUGAAACAAAGAUAUGGAUAUAAAGAUAUAAAAUAUAUGUAAAAAUACAUAGAAAAAUGAAGUCAAUAAUGAUAUGAGUGAACUUGUAACUUACUAGACCUGGUGUAUCAUCCAAAAGUGUUAAAUUGAUUUCUCUUUUGUUCAUUUAAGUUAAUAUUUCACUUUACAUGUAAUGCCUAGUUCUGGAAACUAUAGAAACAAUAACUUAUAACACACUGUUUAAGUUCCUUAUGGUCUUGUAUCACUUUGUAAAGUUGUGGGUGUCAAAUGUUUAUCAAAUCCAGAAUUUAAAAGAUGCUGUUAUUAGUUUUGCGUUCCACCAUCUCUAUGUAAGGCAAUAUGUUCACUACUAAUUCAGCUUUAUUAAAUUUGUUAUAAGUAAUCAUGAGCUGUCACAAUAACCUCAUCAGAUUAGUAAGACUUUACAAAUGUGCUAAUAACACAUUAUAAGUGGUGGGUUAACACAAAAAGGGGUUUGUUCGUCCCCUGGGCACAAUGACCAAACUUUUUGACAAGUCUGAUAUUUUAAUAACACCCAGGGCAGUUUUAAAUCUUGAGAAUCAGCUUUUGAUACCACAUAGAUCAUCAGGUGACCAAAAAAAUGACCAGCAUCCUUCCGAUCAAUUAUUUGUGGAGGUACUGUACCGAGAUAUAAGAGCUGCAGCCUUGUGGUGAUCCAGCAGGAACAGUCGGGGGAUCACAGAGUCAUCCUCUGAGAACCAUGAAUCUUGGCACUAAAUAUUUGAGAUGUUAUAAUCUGGAAUAGAUUUGAGAGUUGUUCUACCUUCAGAUGAUCAAUGCUGUUUCUGGAGCAUCAACUUGAUAAGCCAUCAAUUUGUUUUUAAUUGCUUGGGUUCUGCGAUACUUCUCAGAUUUCUGUCUUUGGUCGGUUUGAUAGGAGUGACUUGGAUUUUGUUUGUGAUGGAUUAAUAAAUCAAAAAGGUUCUUCAAACCAAUCUUUUGAUCUUUGAUGUGUGAGCUCUUUUAAUUGGAACUUCUUUCUGCUUAGAAGAUGAUCCCUGUACAACUGUACAUGUGGUGCUGUGAAGAUUUCUCCCUCCCUGCGCGGACACGCUGUUAUCGAUUCCUUGUAUUUGUUUUUUUAAAAUGUUAUGAACAAUACAAGUGGAGCCUCACCGAUCUAUGAUCCGUGGUGCUGCAGCAAAAAUGUAUCUGGACAGAAUCCUAAAAACAUGAGUGGAUAAAACCAAAGAUAUCUGCAUGGCUAGAUGCCAGGAGGGGUUACUAAAAAAACAUGUUUUUCUUUGUAAUGAGUGUGCAAAAACACAUCAAUAAGGGGAGUAUGUUGGUUUGCUUGUGAUGAUUUGUGAGCAGAAAGAUCGCUGGAUUAAAAACAGAUUCUUCUUACUUUGGAAGUCUUUCAUGACCUCCUUUGCCUCCGCUGCUCUCCUCUGUUUUCCUUUUCUUUCCUCAGUUGAAUUUCAGUCUCCUUCCAUUCAUAUCCACCCACAAAGUGCUUGUGACACCUCUUAAAGGACAUCUCAGCCCGAGCACUUUGGUAGUGGACUGUGCUUACGUCACUUGUAUGUGGUGUAAUUGAAGUAUCCUGACUUAAGCCGAGGUGACAGAGGCCAUGUCUUCCGGUGUGUGUCCUCAGGGAGACUCGCUGAGGACCAGCAUUCAGCUCGACUUCGGGGACGGCAUCAAGAUCACAUACUCUAACCUGAGCAGGACUGAUGAUGGCAUCAAGCACGUCUACAGAGCGACUGGGAUUUACCGGGUGACAGCUUUUGCGGAAAACAGCCAGGGAUCUGACAGCAGCACACUGUUUUUACACAUCACCAGUAUGUGAAUAAGAAACAUCAUUACUCAUUCCUGCGGCGGCGCUUAUAGCGUGAACCUCUUUUCUUUCAUGGAUAGUCACGUCCCCUAUCUGCUGAAUUUCAUUUUAGUCAUGCUUGUUUUGUCUUUAUGCCUUUUAGCCUUGGAAAAUGCAAAAAUACACACCUGGAGCUAAAUCUACAUCAUCUACGAUAACAAUAAGACUGCGCGCGUUAUCUAUGUGUGGGUGCCAGUGCACUUAUAUGUAUGCACAUGCGUUUGCAUAUAUGUAUGGAUGCGUUACGGUCCGUGUGUUGCUGCCUUAGGUCCAGUGGAGCGUGUUUAUCUCUCUGCUCCUAUCGUGGCCAUCAGGGGGAAGGAAGCUAAUCUGACUGCAGUGGUUUGGCCGAGCCACACCAGAAUAUUGACCUUCUUCUGGUGGUUUGACAACAGCUCCGAGGUGAGAAGCUUCUCCUCCCACUCCCACCGUUGUUCCACACACACUAUCUCCUGCUACGAUCCUUAUUCCCCACCUCUUUUCUCUUCAUUGUCCUUAUAUUGUUGUUUGCAAAGUGAAAAUCCACAGAGCUUUCACACAAAUCAUGUAAACUGUGACUGCACGUGACUGCUCGAUGUCUUUCUAGGGGGAUCCAGCUUGCAAGACUGGUGGUAUUUAUUUAUCAUGUUGAUUGUUUUCACUGCAGCAGCACCACCUCAUUAUGCAGUAUGUCAAGGGCUGCAUGUAUGCUGUUUUCUAUAUCCGGCUGAGAGGACGCAGGAUUUUUCUGUGAGAUUCUCUGUUUUUCUUCUUUUGAAAUCCAGCCCAUUAUAACCUUGGAGGGAAGCAUCUCAUACACAUUUCAGAAAGAGGGGAAAAACAAGGUCACGGUCCAGGUUGCUUCUGGGAGCACCAUCAUACAGGAUUCAAAAGUUAUAACUGUUAAAGGUGAGUGGAGGAGACAGUCUUCAAAGCACUUUAAUUGGUACGUUGCACGUUACAUGAAUAUGCAAUCCGCUUUCUCUGGGAGAGUAUGAUGCUUCUCGGUCCACCCUGCUAGCAGCACCGUGUAGAUGUCAACGUGGACUUAUCUAAUGAAUAAAAUGUCACGGUAGGCAAACACAAAAUCUUGAGGAGCAAUUAACUUCAAGGCUUAUGUUGCCAAAUGAAAAAGGACAAAACUGCACAUCUGAUUAAUCAAAAAAGGAAACCAGAAGCAGCACUCGUAUUCCAACACACUUCACUGUUUUUCCAGAGUUCUUCAGGUCGCUGCUGUUGUCAUUCUCACCGGCUCUUGACGAGCACAAUCCUGACAUCCCGGAGUGGAGGGAGGACGUAGGGCGUGUGGUACGGACAGCUUUGUCACAGGUACACCGAGACUCUAUCGCUCUGAGAUCUUCUCAAGGACUAUCAUCACCCAGUGGCACUCAGGGUUAUUACGAUUUAAUAGAUAUGUGCAACACUGAUACCACAGUCAUGUUUUAUGCUCCAUACAAGAAAUUUUGUCUUUUUUUUAGUUGAACUAUGAUGUAAGUGACCUGACACCUUUGUCAGGUGUGAAUAUAAUUGAGACAGGUGUCAGGAUGUUUGCAGAGGGUGAAUGUCACUUUGUCAGUUUUGUCUUAUUUUGUCUAAAGUUUUGAAUUAACAGGACAUACUUUAAACUAAAACCAGAGUUCAGUUCUGCCCGUCUGUUGUGGUGUCUUGUUGUUUCAGGUGUCCGGGGUACUUGAAGAUCAGCUGCUGGUGUCUUUGUACCCAGGUCUUCCAAGUACAGCAGAGCUCUUUAUACUUCCUGAUGAACACAUGUCGAGCGAGCACAAGAGGAGCAGCGAGGAGGCGCUAGAGACAGUAAGAGACGUGACAUCUGGAAAACUUUUCAUGUCCAUGUUUAGUUAUUCUCACAUGAUGAAACAGAACUGUAAGCAGAUAAUGACUACAAGUUUGACAACAUUGGUUAAUGGUCGAUUCAGUUUUACGUAAUAGUUAAUAGGACUUUUGGUAGUAGCCACCCCUCCCCCUCUUAAAAGUGUUAGGAACAAGACUGACAGUUUGUGUAUUGUCAUAAUGCCUAAAACCAGUGUGAAGAGGUCAGUGUCAGCUGUGUAGCUAAAAAGUAGCCCUGUGUUUUGUUUUGUUUUUUACAAUUUUCACACAAAAUAAUCACUAAAAAUGACACAUUUGAUUGUCAGGUCAUCAGGAUGAGAUGUUUUGUUAAAAGACACAGAUAGGAGACAAGAUACGAAAAGACUGCCAUGUCCCUGGGAGGUUGACCAAAUGAUCCUUAAAGGAGCUUUAACUUUAGAUUCAUUUCUUGUGUUUGUGUUUUUUAUACUUACAAAGAGAGAGAGAUAGCUAACUAUUUCCUCUAGAUCAGCCCUGGGCAUUUUAUGGCCUGAGGGCUGCAUCUGGCCCUUCAGAUGUCCCUGCGCGGCCCUUUGUGAGCCAAUCAGAACAUGAAUAUGCUAUACAACAAGUGGUUUGCUUUUAUUUUGAAAACCUAGCUGUUGUUUUAUUUCCGUUUGGACGCACGUGUGUACAUCCUAGAUCUGCAUUCGUGAACAGAGACAGUUAUAAACAUAGACAUAAUAUAUGUAGACACCUCCUAGUUGUCAAGUUGUCAAGUGCUUUGUUGUCUGUGUGAAUCCCCCCUGAUUAUCUCACAGCUCCCCACAAGAGCAGAGAUGGAAUACGCUCCAGCAAGUAAUGAGGCGUUCACAUAUAUGAUGUCUGUGGGUUUAAAUAACUGCUCUUUACAAUGGGAGAUUAUAAAUAUCGAGCAGAAAAAGGCUGAAGUUAUUGUUGGUUGAGCCCUUCAAUGGCUCCAUGUAAAAAUUGCCCACCUUUGCUCUAGAUUAUGCUAAGCUAAGCAAAAAGCUUCUAGUUUCAUCCCUAUUUUAAUGUACAGACAUGAGACAUAGGUUAAUCCUAAUUACACAUCAUCACAACAACAACAUUUAAUAAAAUAAGUCAUCAAACCAGCUCAAACUACAUUUAAAUGUGUUUUAAUUCUCUAUCCUUGAACAGAUAUCAAAUAUUUUCGUCACUGCCCUGAACCAAGGCCUGAUCCAGUUUGAGCUGAAAGCCGAUAUUCGCAUCAUCGUGUACAUGACUCAGCAAACUUUGGGUACGUUUGUGUGAAAGCUCUUUGUCAUAUCUUCACAUUUCUUCUACUUUGUUGCAUUGAAAAACCUUUUUGAAAAAGUUUGAAGGGUUGUUAGUCUGAAUUUAAGGCAGAUCUGUGAAGUCUGUCUGCACAUCAACAGCACAUUUGUUCUGCUCGCAGAUGCACAAAAGAUAAGCCACGUGUUUUUCAUGGGACGGUUUGACAUUGAGUUUUACUCUAACGCAGGAAAAAAAGACAAAGACAACAGUAUUCCCAGAGUGAGAUCUGUGUGAUAAAGUAUAUCACAGGAUUUAAAUAUCUUUCACAGUACAUCAGUUUUGCACCUGGGGCUGUGAGACAGAACUUCUCUUUGAAAUCUUACGAUCAAUGAAAUGAUUGACAAAGCAGUCAUUUAGUAUGCACUGAGGUAAUCGGCAGGGUCACCGGGUCAUUUGCAUAUCGCAAAAACGUGUCGAUCAAGCCUGCGUGGCUUUACCCUUUUCAUCCACCAGCAGAUCUGUCUUCAUUUGUGUCUGCGUACAAAGGUCUGGGUUGCCUUUAAAAUGAUUCAGAAAGGUCACACACUUCAUAGGCUUCUCUGUGAAGGAGACAAAGAUGGCCGACAAGGGGGAAUACUUUGAAUAUUGCAUCUCAGCAUUUAGGAAUCCAUGACUAUGCAUAAGCUACCUGCAUGACGGUCUCCAGGGAGAAACAGCAGGCCUCCUAAAGGUUCUUUUUAACACCCUGAGGGGAUGAGACUCAGAGAGCGGCUCUUCAAACUCUACCUGCUGUUGUUACAUGACACAGGGUAAUGAAAGUCGUCUCCUUGAAAUCGGGAAAAAGUGGUUUAACACAUUUAUCGCGUCUGAGAUUUGACACUCAUGUGGUGUGCUUACCUUUCAGCGCCACUGGUGGAUUCAAACUCCAUCCACAGCGGGUCUGCCAUGUUGAUGCUGCUCACGGUGGUGUUUGUUGGUUUAGCAGCUUUCUUCAUCUACAAGUUUAAAAGGUGUGUUUGGACUUCACUGAGAUCUAGAUGUUUUCCUUUGUAGAGUAAACCUCACACAGUUUCUUUUCUGCUUCACCAUCCAAAGAAAAAUCCCCUGGAUUCACGUUCAGACUGAGGACAGCCAGGAGAAAGAUCCAGAGGUGAUCAGUACAGUCGGUCAGAAUGACACCAUGACAAAGGUGAAGCUCAGCGAGUUUCCUUCGCCAAAAGAACUCAUGGAGAAGGAACUGGAGGCCAGAAGCCGAGGUACACCUGCUCACAAUUCCACCUCAUACUAAUGUUGUGUCGUUCGCAAACGAUUCGUUCAAAAGAAUCAAAUCUUUUAAGUGAAUGUACUGAACCAAAUCACUUCCCGAAGUGAUUUGUUCGUUUCUCUCUUAAAGAGGACCUGCCACCAAAAUUUCAUACCCAUUUCAAUCAUUUUUUCAUAAUCCUUGCUGUCCUCUGAUCAUGUUUGCAACAUAAUUUUAGCUGAAAAGUUAUUUGAUGAUUUGUUUCAAACCGUUUUAGUAUGCCUAAAAAACCUUACAGGAAACCAAACUGCCUUUGGCUCAGUAACAUUUAUGUUAAUAAGCUUUGCUCUGAUUGGAUCGCUGCUGUCAUGCCUGCUGUGCUCUGAUUGGCUCAGAAGUGGAGGUUCUGAUUUUGGUUUAUCCAUUUUGCUAAUGUGGGCUAAAUUUCUGUAUGAAAUUACCAUUUCUUACCAAUGAUGAUAUCCCCUCGCUCUGCACUUUUACAUAUGUAGUGUUAGUCUACAUACUGAAGCAGGUGAUCAGAGAAAGACGUUAAGGAUGACCUGAUCAGUAUUUUUGACUCCGAAACCUGAUCCAAAUUUUUCAUUUCUAUUAUCUGCUGAUAUUGAGUCCAGAGUCUGAUUCUUGAAUUUGCUAAAAUUAAAAAGAGCGACACAUCUGCAAAAGAAAUGGACUCGGCAAAACAAUGAAUUCAAUCACCUUUACUCAUUAGCCCUUGUUGAUCUCUCUGGUAGACUUAUCCUUUCUUUUAAAGUUUAGAGCAACCUUUUCCUCUACGGCUUCAGUGAAUAUUGAAGAUACUGUUGGAUGUUCAGGUUUUAGGAGAUGUUGUAUCUAAUCGGUCAUAUUAUCCGUCUUAUCAAACAUAUUUCUCAUAUUGCAAGUGCUGUUAGACUGUUUGAGAGUUCUAGUUGAAUAUAUUUCCACACCUUCAAUAUUUCAGCCACUGGGUUGUUAAUGCUGAUGAAACAGACCGCCAUGUGUUCAUGCUUUGUCCCUGAAAAGUUACUGUAGGCUGCCGUAAAGCUGGAAUAUGGCUGACUAAGCACAUGUGUUCCUGUUUAACUGUAAGCCAGAGUUUCACACAGAUGUCCCGAUUAUCUUGCCUUCAACUUGUCCUUUGCCAAGUUACCUUCAUGUUUGUGUCCCACUGAUAGUCGUGACAAGUGAGGCAAGUGAUUGAGGGAGAUUCACAUUCUGAUCUCUGAUUGAUAUAAAACUCCCUGGUGGAGUCUGAUCCAACAGUUUAGACCAGUAUCAGGACAUCCCUACAGUAAACAACAAUACCUCCUCCUGUUAGUGCAUAAAUUGAAAUAAAACUUUUCACGUUGAAUAUGAAUUUAAUAUGAAUAAUUCCAGUUUCCCACUUCACCUCCUCGCAUAUAUCAUCAUUACUGUAUGUGAGAACAUUUGUUCUUUAUUUUUUUAAGCUUACCCUAGUACAGAAAAAGCUUUACUGCAAAUUUUAUGCAAAGACUAAAUGAAGAAGUAUCUUUACUUUUGCACUUCUCAAUCUCAUAAAUAGGUUUUUCAAGGAUGAGUGUCACUGUGAGAGAUACUAAUUAACAUUUUACAGCCCUAAAAGUCAGCAGUGAGUGUCUGUUUUGAGUAAAUUUUAACUACAUUCAGCGUGAACACAGAUUUCUCCCGUCUUAUUUUAAAUGAAGAUUCCCCUAUGAGAGGUCACUGUGCACUGAAGAGCAGAUGUGUCGUGUUUUUGUAAAUUACACACUGCAGCAUGGUAACCAGAUAUCAGGAUGUCAGGUUAACUUUUUGAUGGCCGUGGCUGACACUCACGGAGAUGUCUUUUAGAUGGGAACUGUUCGGUCCCUGUAGACAGCACGGAUUACUUGACAUAAGCACCACUGCGGCUCUCCUGACACAGACAUGUGGGCUGCAGGCCUUUUUUCUGGUCACUCAGCACUUUCGGCUAUUCUUCAUUUCUCAGCUGUUUUUACCCUUUCCGAGUCCUUGCUGUUCUGAAACAAAUUAACUCCUUUUUGGUUACUUCUGAAAUGGUUGAUUUAGCAAAGGGCAGAGCAGGCUAGACCCCUUUGAUUUGGAGUUUGAUUAAAUAAAUUUAUUACCUGCUGUUUAAUGAUUCCAUUAUUACCCUGAGACUUGGUGUUUAUUCGUCUUGCAUUCUGAUUUAGGCUUGAAGACAGAAGUUUAAAAAAAACAAUUUCAUUGUUUUGCACACUAUUUAAUCGUAAACACUGUGACUUUUUAGAUUAAGUUGCCGUACCUAUGGACACAAUGUCCCUCUGUAAUACAUUUCACAGAGGAGAGACACAUUUCCAAAGCCUGUAGGGGUCUUGUUCCAGACAGUUGGAAACAUGCCCCCUACCAGAGGCAAAAACAUUAAGCACUUUUAAUUUAAUUAAUGUCUGGGUACAGUGAUUUUAUGUGAUCCCAUUCUAGUCUAAUGGCUUUGGAAGCUCUGGGAAGAAGUCUGGUAGUUUGAACAGAGCAGCUGAAGCUGAGAUAAGAAUCCCAACCAGAAUUCAGACAAGUUUCAACAAAGUCGGAUCACUGAAAGCAGGAUUUGAAGGAUUAAAAUGACAUUUUCAAUGCAAAAACCGUCACAGACUGUAGUUACUUAACCUUUAAUUGAUUAUAAUGAUUGAAGUCCGCUCACAUGUGCACACUCUUCAUGGUAGGUUGAUAUUUUCAGCUCUUUUGAAAUAAUUUGAUGAGCUGCAAAAUAGAUUUAGGGCUCCUCAAAGUUCUGAAUGUGAAGGUAAGUAAAACGACACAGUAAAAUUAAUUAAAAAUCUUCUGUUUCAACCACAGUUCCCUGAGAGACAUGCUUUAGUCUCUCGCUUAGACCCCCUUGAGGCUCAUAUGCUGUGAAAGAUAGACAAGCUUUCUUUUUUUAAUGAACCUUGGUUUGGCGUAAGCUGGAUGCAUUUAGGUCUGAUCCUGCAUCCACUUAUCAAAACUUUAAAGGAGACCACUUAAGAUGCUCUGCAGAGCCACUUGAGGGGUAAAACAUUUCUUAGCUGAGUGUGAAGCAUGAUAAUCUAGCAGCUUGCCACCACUUACAGUAGGGAUGUGUAAGAGUAAAGCAUUUAAGAACAACUCUUGAGCUAUCACAUAACUGCAAAAUUACAUUAAUAGCACUCAUAAAAAAACAGCCAAUCAGGGACUAGUUUUUACAUCCACUCACACUACUGUUAAUUCUUUUAAAAUCCUUAUGCCCCACUCAAGUGUCAAUGUUUUGGAUCAUUCAGGAAUAUUAGAAAAAUUAAAAAAAAACUGUAUUUCCUUAAAUGGCUACUCGAGACUGCCUCUGAGUUGGAGUCAGUCUCCUUAAACACACAUAUUAAACAACUUAACUUUGAGCAUAAGUUACACAUAAAUCCAUGAUCGCUUUAAAUGACAGGUUGGUGCAACUUGUUAAUUAUGAGUCUCAUUUUUGGUUGUUGGAAAUUAAUUUUUGCCCUUUUGGCCCCAAGGCGGCGGCCAAAAUCCACUUCUUGUAUGGAGUUAAUGAUUUUACACCUCUAAUAAUCUACACUUUUACUCAUAAUGGUCAUCUAUAUGUUGGAUAGAUGACUUUAGACAAUACAGCAACAUAAAAUUCAUUAUUUCAAUAAUGAAUCAGACAUAGAGAUAUCAUCUCAGUCUGCUCAGCCUCCUUCAGCUCUUUUGCUAUUUAUACAACUUUUUUUACCCGAGCAGAGGCAGACAUAGUCGAAGACUGGCUAGCGGGUGAAUGUAGUAAAGCAAUCAUAAGCCAAGGAGCCAGAUUUGAGCUCAGAAGCUGCUGGAGUCCAAAACUAGAAAGACAGAGGGUGUUACACUUCAUCAUUAGGACAGAAACCCAAGAAGAGAUGAAUGAUUUUCUUAUAGAGCAACAGCUGGAUAGCUGUCUGAGGAAUAAAAAAGAGUGGGCCAAAGUCCAAAGAAUUGAAGUCUAAAUCAACAUGUCUUCAAACUUGUGUAUGUUACUGUGUCACCAAUGUUACUGUGCAGGUAUAGUAUAGUAUGAUAAAAAUGUCCUAUUAUAGUGUGAUUAAAAAAAAUGUCACAGUUGUAAAGAUAUCUAGCCUAGGUUCACACUCGAAAGAAUGAAAAAAAAAUUACAGACUAUAGUGUGUUUAAAAAAUCAUAGUAUAGUAUGAUAAAAAAGGUCAUAGUAUAGUGUGAUAAAAAUGUCAUUGUAUAGUAUGUUAAAAUGUCAUAGUAUAGUAUGAUAUAAGGUCAUGGUAUAGUAUGUUAAAAAAAAUCAUAGUAUAGCAUGAUUAAAAAUGUCACAGAAUAGUCUGAUAAAAAUGUCAUAGUUUAGUAUGAUAAAAAAUAUCAUAGUAUAGUAAGAAAAAAAUGUGAUAGUGAAGUAUGACUUAAAUGUCAUUGUAAAGUAUGAUAUUAAAAUCAGUGUAUCAUAUGUUUAAAAUGUCAUAGUGUAGUAUGAUAAAAAAUGUCAUCAUAUAGUUGGUUAAAAUGUCAUACUGUAGUAUGAUUAAAGGUCAUAGUAUAAUAUGUUAAAAACAUCAUAGUAGAGCAUGAUAAAAAAAAUGUCACAGUAUAGCGUGAUAAAAAUGUCAUUGUAUAGUAUGGUAAAAUGUCACAGUAUAGUAUGAUAAAAUAUCAUAAUACAGUAUGAUUAAAAUGCCAUGCUGUAGUAUUUUAAAAAUGCCAUAGGAUACUAUGAAAAAAAUUAUAGAAAAGUAUGAUAAAAAAAAUAUAUCACUGUAUAAUGUUUAUGUCCGUCUUCAAAAUCUUCAGCUAUCCAGAAUUCAAAAGUUUUUUUAUCGAGUGAUAAGUUAAAUUAUUGGAAUUACAUUUUUUAGUUUGAGAGCAGAAGUGAAACUGACUUAAGUUUAGAUCAGGUCUUUUUCCCACUUCACACGUUACUUUCAACAGAUUCAACUAACCUGGACUGACACUGGGGAAAAACUUCAGUCAAUAAUGAGACAUUAAAGACUUUGACUGACCUUUCAGUUCUUAGUUCCCAACUUUACCUGAGCUUUUGUUGUUUUGAUUUUAAACCAUCUCCAAAAGAAAACAGUUUAAAUCUAAUAUUUUCUUUUUUCCAUCAAAAAUGUAAUCAACAGCCAAGUCUCUACUUUGAUGAAUUUACUGCUUGGUUGUUAGUUUGAAGGAGACCUCAUUAAACUCAUUUUCACUCUCUAUUAAUGUCAGUCUGGGACACUCAUAAGAAGAGCUUUACAUGAUUCAAGAAACUGCAAAUCAAGAAGACCCAGCUUGUUUCUGUAACUUUUCCUCACAGCUGUCUCAUCAAAAUGUCUGAGCCCAGCCGGUAGCGUCUCUUUAAAGCUAGCAGCUUGCUAUUGUUACAUUACCUUGUUUUUAUAUUGUUACUUACAUCUCUCUAGUGAGCCCUCAGGGAAGGUCUCACAGCUACAUUGUGAUUGUUGUUGUCCCAAAAAUAUUUAAAUUUCCCACUGUCUCCCCCGUCUUCUGGUGUCCUUGGGAAGAAAAAAAAAAGAUGAGAUUUUCUUUCACAACCACAACCACGAAUGCCUAUGAGCAUCUCUCUGCUCCAUAGUGAUUCAACAAAGAGAGAGAGUUAAGUGUAAAAACAGACUUUUCAGCUUUUGGAUGGACGUGUCCUUGACAGAACCGUCAGGUGGACUUGUCCUUGACAUUGCCUUAAGAGGAUGGCAGAGACCAGUAUCAGGCUCAGGUCAAGUCUCACAAUGUAAUCGAAACAAGCUGUUCAGAGAAGUCAGAAAACACAUUUGGGGAUUACACCAACACCUGCGCAACUUAUGUUUUGAGACUUUGUUAAAGUUUAGCGAUACUAUCCAAAACUUGAACUUAAUGUGUUAAAAUGUGGAUCGGCAUAAGAGUCCUCUGUGACACAUAAUCAGCGUCACACAGUUGUUUAACUACUGACUCUUUCAAGACAUAAAAGUUGCACCUUUGAUGAAGUCUGUGUCUGCACAAUCUGAGCAACCCUACUUGUCACCGCAGCGACCUCAUCUUAUCAGCCCUUCAUCACCAGCUCAGCCCUGUACGGAUGGGCCACGUUCCUUUGAGACAACAGGAAUGAAUCAGAGGACUUUAUUAUGAAGCUGAAAAGCUUCUACACCAUUUGAUCUUGAAGUUAAAAGAUUAGAGAUGUCUGACUGAAUCCACAGUUAUUUUCUGUUCUAUAAAAGACAGUUUUAACUUCAUAAUCAGUCAGUGUGAUGUUGAUUACUCCAAAGACUUAAUGUUCUGUUUGUAAAAAAACAAGGGUCCUAUGAUGUGCAAACAAGCUCACAAUCCUUUUAUAGAGCCUGUUUGUUUGUGUUUUUAUCUGUUUACAGGUGGCAUUGGGAGAAACAUGGAGAGAAUCGUUACAAGGGAAUUUCCAAACUGUACUAAUGUCUAAGACAUGCACUCUGUCACUCAGUAAGUACAGAUAGUUGUGUUACAGUUGUGCUGAAAUUGUUUGCUUUGUCCGCAUUCUUUUUUUUGUUUGUUUGUUUUUUGUUUUUUCUAUUUCACAUUUAUAGCUGCUAUUGUUAAAAGUCAUGUUUUAACUCACAUAGACUAAAUAUCUACUUCACAAUACUUGAUGAAGAUCAGUUCUACGAGCCAGACUCCAGGGCCUCUAGUUUGACGGCGGUGAAAUGAUGAAUCGGAUGUAGUGUAUAACACCAGUUAGCUUGUUAGCGCUACAUCAACAACUCACUUGCAAUGUUUAUCCAGUUUUUUAUAAAAAUUUUGUUGGAUUUUAGAAAAAAUACUUGACUGCCUCUGACUUUAGGUUACAUGGAGGUUACAUGGAGGCAAGCAAAUGUCAGAAACCCUGCCUGCUCUUGAUAAGUCCUCAUUUUCAUGAGGGCCUGUGUCCAUUUAUUGCAUUUUAAGUGAGGGCACAUGACCUUAAUGUCAGAGCUCUUCUCACUAGCUUUUGCUAGGUCAUGAGGGUUAUCCUACAGCACUUAGUAAAGACCAUCAAGUCAUUUUAAACAGCUCAGUAUACUUUUACAAAAAAAAAAAAAAACACUUUUACAAUUUUUUUUUUUUUUCCAUCGAAUAUCAGAAGUCCUGGUCCUUCCUUAUUUUGAUUGACAAUGGGUACGUUACACUGACAAGCACAGCGGUGUUCAAAAAGUGCAACUUUUUUUAAAUUUUGAAGAGCAACAACAAAGCACAGCUAACGGUGUUCCUGUUUAGGACUCUGAACUGCAUUGAUUUGGUGUAUGAAGUAGGACCUGCCUGCACAACAAAAGCUGUUAGUGGACACAGGCCCUACCUUGUGGUUCAGUACAAGAGAAAAAUAGGGUGAGUUUUAUGUUUUUUUGCAUGGUAUUUUCCUGUAAUGUGAGGGGCACAUUGUUCAACUCUAAACGGUUCAUUACCGCAUAGACACACAAAAGGACACUCAGCAGAAGAGUGCUAUAUCAGGUACUGUAUGAACCGGGGGAGGAUUGAGGGCAUGAGUAAUCAAGUAUUUUAUGUCAUUUUUAUAUAAUUUAUGACUUUUAUUUAUUUCCUUGACAGAUAACACAGAAAGUUCUCUUUUUAUGGUGUUAAACAAAGUUCACAGAUAAAGUUUAGCCAAUAUUUUACUUCGUAAAGUUCAGCCACUCUCUGGAUAAACAUUAACAUUUCCCGCUCUUGAACUACAGGUCUCAGAGUUGUAAAUAUAAAGUGAUGAAUAUUUAUAAAUACAUAAAACUGUCAACAUUUGACUUUGUGAGUGCUUUUGGGGAAGACACAUAUAGUUGCUUUGUAAGAUAACAUGGUGCUCUUAAUGACUGUUUCUCAGAUGAUGUUACACAACACAAAUGUGAAAAAAGAACAGGAAAGUCUGGCCUAAGAGGUGGAAACACUGGAUUCAGAACUUGUAUAUAAAAAAGAAAGAAUGUAAAUCUAUACAGUAGCUUCAUCCUACCUUAUUGUAAAGUCAACUCACUGCACAGGCAGAGUAUUCAUGACUUCAAGCCUCACAAUGAACUCUUCUUUUACUUGAUUUAUUCAUUAUUUUCUUUUGCAGUGGCAUGCCCUAAUAAUACUCUCUGAUUUAAAACAAAAAAAAACUACUUAAUUACCAAAUUAGGAUGGGCAAGUACUGUAUAUACUCCAUGGCUGGUUUUAAAGUUUACUUGACACAUUAAACGAAUAAGUAAACACCUUGUCUAAUAGUCUACUCGUGCAAUCGCCUAAAGUUGUGCAUGAUCUAUGAUAUUGUUCAUUUUUGUUGAUGAUAUAAAAACGUCUUGUUUUAAAUCAUAUUUCUUACUGUGAACAAAUGGCCAUUUUAAGAUUGUUCAAAAUAAAUGUAUUUUUAUAUGGAA